AUGCAUGAGAAGGCUGCAAAGAGGAAGGAAAGAGAAGCAAACUCACCUGGAGCAGCCUGGGAAGAAGUCAAUGGCAGGCUGGCCCCGCAAAGGAGUCCCACAAAUGGUAAGAAGAUCUUGGCCCACAUUAUAGGAUUCAGUGUGAAUGGCAUGUGGGCCACCAGGCCUGCUUAUAUAGCAUCCUGGGAGACUUUGGUGAGAUAUGUUUCCCAUCAGUAGCUCCUCCCAGACAAUCCAAGAAGAGGCUAUUCUGUGAGGUUCUCAGAAAGUCCUUCCAGAAACUUGAGUGUAAUUGGGAUUUGUGGGAAAUCCUUAUAGCUAUGGGGAAGUUCGCCUAUUGUUAUUGUUUAAUUUGUAUAUUACCCAUCAUCAUCAGAUCACAGGCAGUUCAGAACUUAAAUGUACAACAUGAGAAAACAAAAUAUAUAUGUCUUUUUCUCUUAUCUUCUUUAGAGGACAAGAUGCAGAAUUCGCAAAAUGGAGAAGGAACAUUGUGCCCUUAAUUCUCUGCUGCCUUGUGAUGAGGGAGCACUGAUUGGCUAAUGUUUGUCUGAGCCCCUUAUUCUUGUACAACAUCCCUAUACAGUAUGUGGAACUGGCACUUUUCCCAGUGCUAUGUAAGGUACGUUCUGCACUUGAAAGGAAUUGGUUCUUUCUGCAGUUGGCACCACCACUUUCUUGUUUAACUCUGGGAUUUCUCCUCAGGCUUCUGGGUGAGCUUCAUGGUGUCAUUGAUUCAGUCAGAGUAGGAAACUAUCACCUGGCUGAAGGCCAAGAGGAAAACCUUGCUGCUGUCCUUUAAUACUCGGGUGUUCACAUGCUGACCCUCAGUGAGGGAUAUAGACAGAGGGCCUUCUCAGUAGUGGCACCCGCCCUGUGGAACGCCCUCCCACCAGAUGUCAAGGAAAUAAACAACUAUCUGACUUUUAGAAGACAUUUGAAGGCAUCCGUGUUUAAGGAGGUUUUUAAUGUUUGAUAUUUUAUUGUACUUUUAAUUCUGUUGGGAGCUGCCCAGGAUGGCUGGGGAAGCCCAGCCUGAUGGGUCGGGUAUAAAUUAUGAUUAUUAUGAUUAUUAUUAUUAAUCCACUGAACAGAAACUUCACUUGUAUUGAGCCCUGUGACCAAGCCGGUGAGCAUUGUCUGUGUGAGGAGAAACUGAGCUUACAGGGUUAAACAGCUCAGAGUGUGCGUUCUGCCUAUUGUGGGGCGGGGAGAGACUCUGCGUCACUUCAUCACUUCGUCGAGUCUCAGUCCUUUGUUCUAUUCUGCUUUCGUUUUCAUGUGGAGUAGACGUGUCUCACGAUGCUCUGUCCUGUGAUAGAUAAUGGCUAGCUUCUGCUGUAAGCUGUAAAUAAAGCUGCUUUUAGUUAUUAGUACAUCUGUGUGAGACUCUGUUUUGUGCACACUGAAGCACAGAAGACAGCAGCUGCUUUCUCUGGACGCUGCCAGACUCUGCUGUUUGCUCAGAGCAUCGGAAUGCAGGCUGUGAGGUAGAGACUUGGCACAGCUUUGGAAGCGGGCCGGACGCCAGGCUUAUCUGGGCAAUAAAUCAAUCUACAGUCUGUGCUUGCCGAAGGAUGGUUUCUUCGCAAUGCAAUAGAAAUUGGCAUGGGGACCAUUUGCCUUGUCUUUUUAAGUUUCCGGUGGGGGUAAGUAUGAGACAAAGGAGAGGCAACAGUUAUUAGAUUUAGACAUACCUGAUGGACAGGCAGCAUUUAGGAAAUGGGGGUCUUGAAGGAAGGACAAGCAGGAGCAUCUAGAAAGGACUAUGAUGACAUUCUGAUGAACACAGGAAUUCUUGACAGGGUUAUUCUGAAGGGUUUGCCUACUUUCUGUAUUAUUCAUACAUGCUUCACAGCAGCAGCACAUUGUCUUUUUGCACUCCUUAAGUGUGUUAUUUUUAAAUAUAAAGCAGCUUAGAAAUGAUUUUAACAUCAUUGAAUGAAAAAAUGCCUUGGAUUCAAACCUCUGCUUUCCAUCUCAGUCCUUCUUGCUUUUGUCUGCCAUCCGUACUGCCACCCCUGUGAUUUCCCUUCUCUCUGACCCUCUUUCCCAUGCAUAUUUUCUUUUCUUGAAUCGUGGAAAAGGGUCCCAAGGGUCAUCUAGUCCAACCCCCUGCAAAGCAGGAAUCUCAGCUAGCUACGUGGCUCCUUAAUGUGUGGACUGGACCACCAGGGCCAGGAUAUGAAAAUCUGCCUCCAACAGAACUGCACGACCUGUUCAUCUAGGUCAACUGAUGCUGGAUAAACAUGAACAACAGGCAGAAGUCACUGGUCAGCAAAAUGAAUUGUUGUCACUCCACUCACCUUUCCUUUUAUAGGAAAUGCUCUGCUGGGGGGGAGACACAAAAAUCUGUGCUCGGGAGAGACUAAACCCUGGUGAGGAAGGAUAGGCUAAGAGACAGUGACUAGCCGAAAGCCCCCCCAGUGAACUUCAUGGUUAUGUGCUAAACACACUUUGCUUCUACAAUAAUCAAACUUCAACACGAUUUUGCAGGGAGAGUAAUCCAUUCCCCACUUCUUUCCAGAACCCACCCACCACCUCAAUCAAGUGAUCACAUCAAGAGAGUGAGUUUGCUCACUUUUAUUCAGCCUUAGGCCAAACAUGGAUACAUGGAAAUUAUUUAAUCUGGGAUAGGCUGAAGAGGUUGUGAUGCUGAGGAUGGGGUUUGCAUCACUUUUCACCCUGGGAUGUCUCCUCAGGCCUCUGGGUGGGCUCCACGGUGCCUGCUGUGCGGGUAAACGUACAGGAGUAUGAAGUGCCGUUGUUCCAGUCAGAGUAGGGGACUACCACCUGGCUGAGGGCCAAGAGGGAAUCCUUGAUGCUGCCCUUCAAGACUCGGGGAUUCACAUGGCGACCUUCAAGGAGGGCAUUCUUCACCCACUGGACAGAAACUUCACUUGCAUUGAGCCCUAUGACCAUGCCGGUGAGGAUUGUCUGUGCUCGCUGAAGGCUGCUUUCUUUAUGGUUGGCGCGAUAGAGGUUCUCAUGGAGACCCUUCCCUUUGUCUUUUAAGUUUUGGGGUGGGGAAAGUAUGAGAGAAAGGGAGAGGCAACAGCUAUUAAGUUUAGACAUAAUUGAUAGACAACAUUUAUGACACCAUUUAGUGCUGAUUAUUUUCUGUUGGAUUCUCUGACCAACAUUUUUAAUCUGUAGAUAGAGGGGUGUAAAUCCUUAAUGAAAGCUUUAAGGAGCAAAGGGGAUUUAACUGAAGUUCUUGUGUGUGUGGACCUGAGUAGGAAGAUCUGUGGCACAUACAUGGGGCUUCCUUGAGCUGGAUGAGGACACGGUGGGAUAGUGGAGAUUCCAGGAAUAUUUACACAGCUCCUUCCCCCAACAUGUAUAAAGAAAGCGCCCAGCACAAAAAGCACCCCAGCCUUCCCAGAGAAGGUAUUGGUGUAUAGGCUGGGUUUGAAAACCAAGGAUAGAAAAAAACUUCCCAUAUCCAAUGAUACCAUCUCUGCAGAGUUGCUCUUGGAGCAGCUAACUAGGUACGGAGCUCCUUAAAUGUGUGGACUUGGCCACCAGGGCAAGGAUAUAAAAAUCUGCCUCCAAUAGAAGGGCACCAUCUGUUCAUCUAGGUCACCCUAUGCUGGGUAAACAUGAUCAACAGGCAGAUGAAGGUUAGAAGGAUCCUUGGCUGGAGGUGGGAAUGGUUUUUAAUGGGGGUGGAAAUUAUUGUGGGAGACACCUUGGCCCUUGCAGGGUACACAUUCUUUCCUUUCCUUCUCCCAUUGUUACUUUCAGAUAAAAACAUGCAUUUAGUAUUGUUCAAGAACGGUGAAAACCUUUCUGCAGAGAUAAGAGGAGAAUUACUGUUCAGACCUCCACCGGACUUAUUCCAGUUUCAAGUUGUGUCUUUAGUCAAUACUAGCACCGAUAUCAUGGCAACUGGUGGGGAAAGUCUUAUCUCAACAGGCCAUAAUGAAAAGCAUAAAUAAAUUUCCCUAGAAGAGAACUUAAUGGACCCAGAUGGACACAUUCCAAAAAUAGGAAUGAGAAGGACCCCUUUCUUGUUGUAUGCUGAUGACGCGGCCAUCAUCUCGCGUUCCAGACCGGGUUUGAAUUAUCUCUUGAGGAAAUUUUCUGAUUACUGUUCUGGAAAUGGUUUAUCCAUUAAUUAUGAAAAAUCUACAAUUUUAGUCUUCGAAAGAAGAUUCUCCCAGCCUAAAUGGGUGCUGGAUGGCCAUAACCUUGAACAGGUAAAAUACUUCAGUUACCUAGGGCUCACAUUCCAUCAUACAGGAUCUUGAAAGCACCAUUGGCAAACCUCCCUUCAAAAGGCGGAGAUUACAAAGCUAGCCAUACAUAGAUUCUUCUUUAAAAAGGGAGGCAAAUAUGUUCCACCAGCCUUAAGGGUUUUCAACGCAAAGCCCGUUUCCCAACUCCUGUAUGCAGCAAAUGUCUGGCAUAAUGGGGACCUGCCAAAGCUAGAUGGCUUUCAGGCAAAAUUUAUACGAUCUCUGCUGCAGGUACCUAACUGCGUCCCCAACUCCGUACUUCUGUUGGAAGCUGGUGAAUGCCCAAUUUCAGCUAGAGCGUGGUGGGCUACCCUAAAACAUUGGCUCAGGAUUUCAGUGUUUAAUCUAGGGAAGGGUCUGUACCAACAUUUGACCAAUGAGGAAUUUGUCAGCAAAUGGCAGAAAACCAUGGCUAAAAAAGCCACCUCUAUUGGUCUCUCUCCCCCCCCCCCCAACUGUAUUACCUGGGUUAUGAAGGCGCCCAAAAGGUUUUAAAGCAAAGAUUAUGGGACAAUGCACACAGUGACUUGCGAUCUCGAUCACACGCAGUCUGUAGUCCGCUGGCAGCAGGAGUUCAAUAUGGGUAUGUCUUUGAGUUAACAUCUUACAUCAAAAACCUGACAGUACCUAACUAUCGAAGGCUUUUCACCAAAGCCAGACUAAAUGUCUUCCCCUCUGCAGUGCUGGAUGGUAGGUUGAGAGGAGUUCCCUACCAGGACAGACUUUGCUCGUGUGCUCAAGACAUCGAUUCCAUAAAUCAUAUUUUGUUGCACUGUGCGAAGUAUGAGCAGGCCAGGGCUGAACUGAUACUACCCUUGCUGGUGCCUUUCCCGGGAAAAUCAGAGGCUCACUAUGUCAGGUCCCUACUGGAAGACCGGACAAAAGCUAGAACGCUGGCUGCGGCAAAGUUUUUAUCGGUGGUUGCAAGAACAAAUGAGCCCUAUAUUCUAAACAAAAUGCUUGAUUAACCUGGAGGUAGGCUGUAUGAAUUGUGUAUUGAUUUGUAAUGUUUUGUUGGGUCUCUGGACCGUAAUAAAGAUUGUUGUUGUUGAAAUAAAUUUCUGAAUUAAGGAGGAAGCAGUCUUGAAAUGAUCAGUCCCUGAGACGAUUUUAAGCAAUCUGGAAACAAUCAUCCCUCUCCCAAACCAUGCUUUUCAAAGGAAAACUACGUCCCAACUGUGUUGAGAGUUUUUACCUUCAGGUUCAUUGACAUUUGUUUUGGACCCAGGGAGGGAUGCUCGACAGACGAACUUCAGCUGAAAUUCAUCUGCGAAAGUUCUUGGGUUCACCUGCGAAACGGGUAGUACUUCAGCGCUGAAGUAAGCUGUGCUACCAAUGCGUGCACUUAUGACACUGGAGGUGUUACCUGAUUGGCCACCUGCCUGCCACGUAAUCAUCAUGCCUUCGGGGACAGAGCCAGAGGCAGUGCACACCAAUAUUGCACCUAAGGGAACAAAAUAGAUAGACAGACAGACAGACAGAUGAAAUUCCUGGUUUUUUAAUGACUUUAUAUUACUGUUUUUAUGGUUUUUCUGAUAUUGCUUUAGUUUUUAUGUUGCUUAGUGCACUGUUUAAGAUUUAAGCAGCUUAGAAAUGAUUUAAAAAUCAGCAAAUGAAUAAAUGCCGUAGGUUAAAACCUCUGCUUUUCAUCUCACUCCUUCCAGUCUUGCUUUUGUCGGCCAUCUGUUCUUCUCUACACCCCUGUGUUUUUCCUUCUCUCUGACCCUCUUUCCCAUGCAUAUUCUCUUUUCGUGGAAUCAUAGAAUUCUAGAAUUGGAAGGGACCCCAAUGCUCAUCUAGUCCAACCCCCUGUAAUGCUUACUUACUUACUUCAUCAAAACUUUUCUAGGCAUUACAAAUAUAGGGCAUCCUAAAACAUUUAAAAUAUAUACAAAUAAACAGCCAUGUAAAAUAUAUAAUGAUGAGGAAUUUCAUUGGGAUUUCUUCCUGCUAAAUAGUGCCAUUUAGCACUCCAAGAGAUACUAUUAAAAAAACCUCAGCCCCCCUUGCAGUUUAUUCCGGGUUAAUCGGAUAUUUUCAUUGUGCCGUGAUGUUAGACUACCCAAAAAAAGGGGGGGGCAUGCGUUUGCUUAGCAGGUUGUAAAAUGGACAGUAGAAAAGGAUAUGUUCUACAGUGUCUGGCACAUUCAAAGAACAUCCACAAUGUCUAUCAUUUCUGGGGAUGUUUAAAAAUCUGCCUUUGACAAAAGCUGAAGGAAAAACAUUCAGUCGGGCUACAAUAAAGGUCCUGAGUUGGACAGAAAUUAUUAUUUUUGAGAUAUGUGACCCUUUUAUCUCGGGAGAGCAAAUUAUAUGUACAGCUGACUUGAUGUUGUUUCCCCAAUGUACCUUAAUCUGGUUUGACUAUUGCAAUAAAUAUAUUGCUCACUCAAAUUAUACAAGGGUUUCAAAAUCUGAUUUGAAUACCAAUAGAUCUGAUUUUCCUAUGUAAGAGUUCCUAUGUAAGGUUGGCAAGAAAAUGGAAAUGCAACCAGUAUUUUAUAGUGCUAGCCCACACCCAAUAUUCCAUCGUGUGUAUACCUCGUUCUGCACACAUUGUCUCAUACAUGAUUGAACUUGGGAGCCCCAGGAGACGUCUCAAGACGGAUGUGAGGGUGAUCCGACUGAGACAUCUGUCACCCCAUUGCCAGGGCUCAUCUGGCUGGCCUGGCUGGCUACGCAGGUGUCCCCCUGUUUCAUGUGUGUCCCUCCCUAAGCUGCAUGUUCAGUGGAAGAAGACGAUCAUCCCAGGUAGAAAGAGUGUACCGUUCUUCGGUCAAGGCUUGAUGAUAGCUGCGCUCCCUGUAUAGAUAGAACCUCCCUGAUAGCACCUCCUCUGUAAUGCAGGAAUCUCAGCUAAAUAAUUUCAGCUACAUAGUUUGUGAGAGCCCUGCCUUCUUUGCCCCAUCAGAAGAUUGUCUCUUCUGUCCCCUAAACCUACAAAGACCUCAGCACACAGAAACAAGCACGUUUGUUGUUUAGUAGUUUGGUUGUGUCCGACUCUUCGUGACCCCAUGAACCAGAGCACGCCAGGCACUCCUAUCUUCCACUGCCUCCCGCAGUUUGGUCAAAUUCAUGCUGGUAGCUUUGAGAACACUGUCCAACCAUCUCUUCUUCUGUCGUCCCCCUUUCCUUGUGCCCUCCAUCUUUCCCAACAUCAGGGUCUUUUCCAGGGAGUCUUCUCUUCUCAUGAGGUGGCCAAAGUAUUGGAGCCUCAGCUUCACGAUCUGUCCUUCCAGUGAGCACUCAGGGCUGAUUUCCUUAAGAAUGGAUAGGUUUGAUCUUCUUGCAGUCCAUGGGACUCUCAAGAGUCUCCUCUAACAGGCACUUACAAAUCUUAAUAAAAGGGUUUUGGAACCAUGGGAUCUGUCCCUUUGGAAUGACUAUCCUGUUUACUGCUGGCAAAUAAGCAGAAAAGUUGGAGUAAGAGAAUCCAAGGGUUGUUAUUGCUCUGUUUCUAAGGGUGGUUCCAGAUGCUCAGAUUUCAGGUAGAUGCAUGAGAAGGCUGCAUAGAGGAUGGAAAGAGAAGCAAACUCACCUGUAUCAGCCUGGGAAGAAGUCAGUGGCAGGCUGGCCCCGCAAAGGAGUCCCACAAAUGGUAAGAAGAUCUUGGCCCACAUUUUAGGAUUCAGUGUGAAUGGCAUGUGGGCCACCAGGCCUGCUUAUAUAGCAUCCUGGGAGACUUUGUUUCCCAUCAGUAGCUCCACCCAAACAAUCCAAGAAGAGGCUAUUCUGUGAGGUUCUCAGAAAGUCCUUCCAGAAACUUGAGUGUAAUUGGGAUUUGUGGGAAAUCCUAAUAGCUAUGGGGAAGUUCUCCUUUGUUAUUAUUUGUUAUUGUUAUUAUUAUUUGUAUACCACCCUUCAUCAGCAGAUCACAGGCAGUUCAGAACAUAAAAGUACAACAUGAGAACACAAUAUAUAUAAUCAUCUUCCUUUAUCUUCUUUAGAGGACAAGAUGCAGAAUUAGCAAAAUGGUGAAGGAACACUGUGACCUUAAUUCUCUGCUGCCUUGUGGCUAUUCUUAUUAGUGAGAGGGGUUUUCACGGUAAACCUCAAGGAGUAACAUACACCUCAACUGCCUUUAUUUUUCUGGGACUGCCAGGGAAGCAAUUAACCCAGCACAGAUUCUUCAUUUGUCUGGAAAUUUCCAGAUUUAAGCUGCUGUUAAAGGGUCAAUUGGCUUGCAGCUACCUUUCACUUUUAGCAUAGCAGCAAUUUUGCCCAUGUCCCUUCUAAAGGUCACUUGGCUCCCCAUCUUCCAUAUGCACCAACCAGUCAUUGAGAUGGGGGGGAGGGGGUCCGGCUUGCACCACGAGUCAAUUGUGGUCACCCCUUGCUACCCUCAACGGGGAGCGAGGAGGUUCGGGCAGGGGAAAACCAGGAUUUAUGAGGCAAAGAUUCUGGCAAUGUUCCCCAUUAUGGUCUGUGGAGUUCACUGCAUCCCACUGCGCCACUCAAGUCUAUGUCUGCCAUCUUGAAGGGCAGAACGGGUGCAUCCUGGGAGUGUGUCCCUGGCAUGGACGUGUCUCAGUCUCUGGCACGAUUUGUGCUGGGUUCCUUAAUCUGUGUCAGGUUUCCGUGAAUUCUGACCCUCCCCCCUCUGAUAGAAGACAGUCAAGGUUGAAUGGACUUUAUUUCAAAUUAUUUUUGGAUCAGACGAGGAGUGUGAUGGAGCAAUACAGAGCAAGAGGAAUGAACGGUUGCCGAAUAGAUCUGGCAAGAUGCUGAAUUUGAGAAAAGAUUUUGUGUGUCGAGGAAGAACUCCAGAGCGGAAUUUUAAUGGUGGAGACUGGACAAGUACUUAAGGUCACAAUUCAGUACGGUAGUUGGUAAAUAGUGGAAGGAAUGGAAUGUGACCUUGUACUAUCCAGAUAAACACUGCAAAGAACUGAACAAUGGAAGAUAGUUAUUAACUCUCCUAGCACACCAGGUCUGAAACAACAAUGUACAUUAAGGGUUACACACGUGAAAUGCAACAGAGGCGCUGUUUGUAAGGAGGAAACAUGUGGUCAGCUGCAAGAAUGAUGUAACGGAGAGUGACAGAUGACAACUGGACACUAAAAAAGAAAUGGGAGGAAACGAUUGACAUAUGUUUGCAACAGGAGCAGGAAACCUGAUUUUAAGAAAUUGUAUUAAAUUUAAGUAAUUUGGUAGGAUUUGUAAUAACUAGGAAAAUUUAAAAAAAAAUUUAAAAGAGAGAGAGAUGGGGAUGGUCUUGACGUCACAAUGCACACAAGUUGGUAGGAAUCAGGGGCUGUGAAUGAACUGCGUCUACAAGAGCACUAGCCAGAUGCUGGGCAAGAUCUAUGACUCCCUGCUGGACCUUCCUGUGGACCUGCAGGUGGCCCACACCCUGGUGGUGGUCUCUAUCACUAUUCUGCCCUGGACCUCCUUGUGGCCAUCUCAUAAAAUACAUGAAAAAAAACAAAAACAACCUAAUAACUACCCACGCCCAACACAUUUUAGAAGGGCAUUGGAUUGCAAUCAACCAAAUGUCUGGUUAAAGAGGAGCAUUUUUGCCAGGCGCAUAAAUGUGUAUUAUGAUGGUGCCAGGUGAACCUCUCUGGGGAGAGCAUCACUCAAACAGGAAGCUGCUGCAGAAAAGGCCCGUUCUGAUUUUGCCACAAAGAAGUGCCUCAAAAGAUGAUUUCAGGGUCCAUGUAGUUUCAUAUGGAAAGAGGUGGUGCUUGAGAUUAUUGUGGUCCUGAGCAAUUUGAGGCUUUAUAGGUCAAAACCAACAGUUUGAAUUGGGCCCAGAAAAUAAUUGGUAGCCAGUGCCGUCAAACCAGGUUCGGUGUAAUAUGCUCAAAUUGUCUUGCCCUGGUGAGCAACCUGGCCGCUGAAUUCUGCUCUAGCUGAAGUUUCUGAACCGUCUUCAGAGGCAACCCUACAUGUAAUGUAUUGCAGUAAUCUAACCUUGAAGUUACCAGAGCAUAGGCAACAGUAGUUAGGCUAUCCCUGUCCUGCUAAGCAUGUAGCUGGUACAUCAGCCGAAGCUUGAUGGAAGGCACUUUGCGCAACUGAGACCACCUGAAUAACAGGCACACAUUUCCCCUAUCUCUCCUGACAGAGGUCAUCGUACAGGGCGACCAAAGCAGUUUCUGUGGCAAAAUCGGACCUAAACCCUGACUGAAAUGGAUCUAGAAGUUUCCUCCAAGAGUGCCUGGAUCAGGUCUGCGACCACCUGCUCCACAACGUUGCUCAGGAAAGGGAGAUUAGCAACUGGCUGGAAGUUAGUUAGAUUUUCCUCAGCCUCUUGGGAGUUGUCUCCCAUGGGAGAGGUGAAGACCAGGAGUGUUUUCAGAGGCUGCAGAACCUGGCAGGACAGGAGAGGGGAGAGAGCACUUUCAAAAUAUGAGUCCACCUGCUGUGAGGCUGGAAGUGGUGUGGCUCUCUCCCCUUCCCUUCAUAUUCCCUCUCCAAAUUCCUCCCCAUACUGCAUUUUUGUACCUCCUGGGAAUAUCCCUCAUGGAUGCAGUUUAGGACUUUCCAUGCCUUUGCUCAGCAGAGUUUCUUUUUCAAUGAGAAAAAAAAUAAGUGGCUCACGUAAACAACAACAACUUAACAACGACAACAUAUUAUUUAUACCCCCCCCAUCUGGCUGGGCUUCCCCAGCCACUCUGGGCGGCUUCCAACAGAAUAUUAAAAUACAAUAGUCUAUUAAACAUUAAAAGCUUCCCUAAACAGGGCUGCCUUCAGAUGUCUUCUAAAAGUCUGGUAGUUGUUGUUCUCUUUGACAUCUGGUGGGAGGCCAUUCCACAGGGCGGGUGCCACUACCGAGAAGGUCCUCUGCCUUGUUCCCUGUAACUUGGCUUCUCACAGCGAGAGAACCACCAGAAGGCCCUCGGCACUGGACCUCAGUGUCCGGGCAGAACGAUGGGGGUGGAAACGCUCCUUCAGGUAUACUGGACUGAGGCUGUGUCAGCACCAACACUUGGAAUUGUGCUCGGAAACGUACUGGGAGCCAGUGUAGGUCUUUCAAGACCGGUGUCAUGUGGUCUCGGCGGCUGCUCCCAUUCACCCAUCUAGCUGCCGCAUUCUGGAUUAGUUGUGGUUUCCGGGUCACCUUCAAAGGUAGCCCCACGUAGAGCGCAUUGCAGUAGUCCAAACGAGAGAUAACUAGAGCAUGCAGCACUCUGGUGAGACAGUCUGCGGGCAGGUAGAGUCUCAGCCUGCAUACCAGAUGGAGCUAGUAAACAGCUGCCCUGGACACAGAAAUGACCUGCGCCUCCAUAGACAGCUGUGAGUCCAGAACGACUCCCAGGCUGCGCACCUGGUCCUUCAGGGGGCACAGUCAGGACCAGGGAGUCCCCACACCCGCCCGCCUCCUGUCCCCCCAAAAUAGUACUUCUGUCUUGUCAGGAUCCAACCUCAAUCUGUUAGCUGUCAUCUAUCCUCCAAUCGCCUCCAGGCACUCACACAGGACCUUCACUGGUUCUGAUUUGAAAGAGAGGUAGAGCUGGGUAUCAUCCGCAUAUUGAUGAACACCCAACCCCAACCCCCUGAUGAUCUCUCCCAGUGGCUGCAUGUAGACGUUGAAAAGUAUGGGGGAGAGGACAGAACCUGAGGCACCCCACAAGUGAGAGCCCAGGGGUCUGAACACUCAUCCCCCCCCCACAGGAAGUGAUCUGACCAUCUAAACAAAGCUUUAAUAAUAAUGAAAACUGUCAUAAAUGAAACUAAAUACAACAACAUGAGGCAAGUCUGAGGCAAGAAAACAAGAAGAGGCAGUUGGUCCCUCUUAAGUAAACAAUAAUGGAACCCACUGAAGGGAGAGGCUGAUUCUGGAGCAAAACACACAAGUCCCGCCCACUGGAUACCAAGCACUCUGCUAUUCAAAUAGUAGUUUUUUCUUACAAUCCCCUUCUCACUGUGUCUAAUUUGAAUUAAUCAAUUUUAAUUUAGCAUGUAAAAUGGCAAAACAUUCUUAUUUAAACAUUCAAACAUUGUACAAUCUUGUUUGUUCUCAGUAUACAAAAUUAUAUCAUCUAUCUUGCUUUAUACCUUUAUACGUUUCCAUCCUCAUCUAACUUUUUCUCAAACACCCAUUUGCACCCUGUAGCCCUUUGGCAAUUAAGUAAGUGUCCAAGUGUUUUCAUUCAAUGCUUCAAUUUCUUUCUUGGCUGCAUCUAUCCACUUGGCAGCUUCUUCUGCAGGAAGUUUCUUGAUGUCUUUCCAUGUGUCAGGUUCACAAUUAGCUACUGCUCUUGUGGUGUAUGAUAGUCGCUCUGCUGACACGCCUUUGUUAAUUCGUGAUGAGCAUCUAAUUAAAGGUUCUAAUUGUUCUUCCAUUUCAUCACACACAGUUCCUUGUCCUGACUCUGUUCCCCCUUGUGCUGGUAAAUUCUCUGUACUUGGACUAGUUUUCUCUGUUCUUUCAACUUCUGAGAUCAGUUUUACUGGAACCUCUUCAGUUGCUGAAUCAGCAUCAGUCUGUUCCUCUUUGUUCUUAUUAGGAACACAUGCAAAGAUUUCUCUCCUCAAAAAUAUACUAGGCUUCUGACUUUUACUUCUCUUGUCUAUGGAUUAAGAAUUCUGUAACCUUUGCAACCCUUCUCAAAACUGACAAAUAUUCCUAACUCAGUCCUGGUGCUAGGUUUGGUACGUCUUUGUGCUGGCACAUAUGCAAAAACCUUUGAACCAAAGACUCUAACGUGACAGAUGUUCAGUACUCUUCUAAACCAAAGUUCAAAUGCUGUUUUAUUUGUAGCUUUUGUUGGCAGUCUGCUCUGCCAAUAUGUUGCUGUCAUCAGUCCCUCACCUCAAUAUUCAAAUGAUAAAUUAGACUCUGUCAACAUACCCGACCAUCUCUAUCAGAGGGCGAUUUUUUCUCUUCGCUUUGCAUUUUGGUCUGUAGUAAAUGGGGUAGUAUGCAAAUGUUUAAUACCAUUUUCAUCUAGAUAAGAUUUGAUGUGAUAUGACAUGUACUCAUCACCAUUCUCUGAAAGUAUUGCUUGUGGCUAUCUCCCGAAUUGAUUUUCAACACUUGCAUCUCCAAUUUCUCUGCAGUUUCUGUUUUUUUGUUUUAAAUAUAAGUUGUGCAGUAUCUGGAAUAAUUGUCAAUAAACAAUACAUACUUACAUUUCCCAUGAGACAUUGUUUGAAUUGGACCACAUAUAUCAGUAUGAAUAAGUUGCAAAGGCUCUGUUGAACUUCUAUGGCUUUGCUUGGGGACAGAAGGUCUUCUUCCCUUCCCCAACAAACAAUAUUCACAUAUUUCACUUUUCAGGUCAACUUGGGUCCCUUCCAACUCAACUUUACAAGGUUUAAUUUCCAUUCCUCUCACCAAACCUUUCUUUGGCAGGUCUGCUAUUAUCCUGAAUUCUCUAUGCCCAAGCCUUUUGUGCCACAGUUGAACACAGGCUGCACUUGAAUUCUUCUUAACCGUAUUUCUUGACCUGUAUCUAGCACAAAUACUCCAUUAUUUCCAAAACCUUAUGCACACAAAACUCCAUCUUUGGUAAUCACACAUCUGUUGCUAUUAAAAUUUACAUUUAAACCACGCUUGGUCAGAGUUGACACACUCAGAAAACCGUCUGUUAAUUCUGUUAAGUAAACUACAUUUCUCACUUCAUUACAAACCAUUUUUCUGCCUGCAACACACUUGAGCAAACCUGCUCCUUUUCAUUUACACAGAAACUUUGUGGCCAGUUACAGCUGUAGCUGUCUCUGAUGAGUUUUCAUUUAACUCUCUGAAAAAAAAAACAGCAUCACACAACAUGUGCAUUGAAGCUGCUGAAUCAAUUAACCAACUACAGUGGUGCCUCGCAAGACGAAAUUAAUCCGUUCCGCGAGAGUCUUCGUCUAGCGGUUUUUUAGUCUUGCGAAGCAAGCCCCUUGACGGAUUAGCGCUAUUAGCGCUAUUAGCGGUUUAUCGGCUAUUAAAUGCUUAAAGGCGUAGGGGAUUAGCUGCUAAAAGGCUAUUAACGGCUAUUAAAGGUUUAGCAGAUUAGAUAAAGGGGGGGGGGAGCGAAAAAAAAAUCUCAAGACUCGCAAGGUAUUUUCGUCUUGCGAAGCAAGCCCAUAGGGGAAUUCGUCCUGCGAAGCAACUUCAAAACGGAAAACCCUUUCGUCUAGCGGUUUUUCCGUCUUGCGAGGCAUUCGUCUUGCGGGGCACCACUGUAGUAGAAUUGCUGUAAAUAGCACCAGUUUUCCGGCCAGAUAGUUUUGAUGAACUGCAAAAGCAUUUUUAGUUUGUUUUCUGUUGCCACCCUGGAACUUUUCUUUAAUCGUGCCACUCUGUUUUGUACAAUUCCUUGAAGAAUGUCUUAUUUUCCGACAGGAGAAGCAUCUAGUUUUGUCACUUUUAUCUACACUUUGUAAAGCAGUUUUAUUUUUAAAAUUAUACUUAUCAGUCUUUUGUACAGCAAAUACUUGCGCUUCACAUUCUUUUGUCUUUUCGGCUCUCCUAGCAGCCUCCUCCUUAAGUCUUGAUACAACAUUUUUCAUAUCAAGUUUAUAUUUAGUCUCUAGUGCACUUUGUCCUCUUCUUCAAAUUUCUUGCCUAUAGUAUUUAAACGAUCUCUCAACUCUGUCACUUGACUUGGAUGCUUUUCUAAAUCUCCAUUUUCUUUAAAUUUUAUAUUAAAAAUCUUUCUUGAUAGAUACUGUCUCUUAUUCAGAGUGUUUCUCUCAUACAACUCUUUCAGACCUUGCCACAACUCUUUGGCAGUCUUAAAAUCUCUUACGUGGUGCAAGUCACUGUCACUCACAUAAGUUGAAACUUCUGCUCUCGCCUUUCUGUCCUGCUUUUCUGACUUUACUUUUUCUGCCUCUUCUGCUGGUGCAGAUUUUUCAAUUGUUGCUCACAAAUCCUUUUUCACCAGCUCAUUCUUCAUCGAAAUCUCCAUAAAGGAUAGUUGCUUGAAGUGAGUGUCAUGAGACAAAGGUUCCUGAGAGCAGAAGCAGGCAAGGCCUAGGCAGUGCGGCCUACAAGGCCUACACAAGCCUAACUGUUAGCAGUAAAAUGCUGUGUCGCUGUGACUCAUGACUCAUUUCCCCUAUAAAUGUAACCAGCCAUCUCUGUGGGCCGCAGGGUAGUGUGUGUGUGUGUGUCUCCGGCAGUAUGUUCUGUUGUUGCAGACAGAGCAGCUCCAGGACUACAGUUAAUCAGUAAUCAAGAUCUGUGCCUCUGUGAAGACUAAGCUAGCUAUUAUGAGCACUCUGUGUAUGCUUUUUGACUAUGCUGUUUAUGAACAAGUUUAUUUUCUUCAGUAAAGCUUUAUUCUGCUUAUGAAGAAGACUCUGCUUGAUUAAUGUACCGCUGUGCAACAGUGAGAACAGGGACAGCAGGCUCAAGGGUUUUCACAGCUUUUAUAUACAUGGCCAUAAUUUUUUCCUCUCUACGUCAGACUGUGCUCAUAACCCAAUUGUUUUGGAGGUGGGGGAUGUUUUACAAAAUGAAUCCUCCUGGCAAACUGGGAAUAUCCCCUCACGCAGUUCAGGACAUUCAACACUUUUCCUUAGCAGAGUUUCCUUUGCUAUGAGAAAAAAUAAGUAGCUCACAUAAAUGUAAACUAAGCUUUAAUGAUAAAGAAAACUGCCAUAAUGAGAGAAACUAGAUACAGUGGUGCCCCGCAAGACGAAUGCCUCGCAAGACGGAAAACCCGCUAGACGAAAGGGUUUUUCGUUUUUGAGUUGCUUCGCAGGACGAAUUUCCCUAUGGGCUUGCUUCGCAAGACGAAAAUGUCUUGCGAGUCUUGAGAUUUUUUCGCUUUCCCAUUUUUCUAAGCCGCUAAGCCGCUAAUAGCCUUUUAGCAGCUAAGCCGCUAAGCCUUUAAUAGCCGCUAAACCGCUAAUAGCGCUAAGCCGCUAAUAGGGUUGCUUCGCAAGACGAAAAAACCGCUAGACGAAGAGACUCGCGGAACGGAUUAAUUUCGUCUUGCGAGGCACCACUGUACAACAACAUGAGGCAUGUCUGAGGCAAGAAAACAAGAAGAGGCAGGACUUCCGGAGGUGGCGCCAACGGCAAUGGCGGAAUCCCUCUAACUUAGAGGGAGAUCGCUCCACAGAAAUCGGGUCUAAAACCGCUUCGGCGCAGCGGGGACCCUUCAAACCACAGGCGGGUGAAGCCUGUGACCCUGGGACUCGGCGGGCACUGUUUGCGCCCCCCCGGUCUGCAAAGGAACCCGGCAACGGGCUCCGAAACAGAGCGGGGAAGUGAAGGCGCUGUGCUGUGAGUCGUCUGCUUCUUUGUGGAGUGAAGCCGCGUAGCUGUUGCCGGAGAGCGCUGCCUUUUUUCCUGGACAAUUUGGACUUUUAAACAAAUAUCCGUGAGUACCCAGAAUUUGGACAAAUUGGGAUAUUAAAGGAAGAUUAGUGAAAAGGGCAGAAUUGGACUACAAAAAGAAAGAAAAAUUGAUUGAAUUUGGUACGGAGCGGUAAGGGCUAAACAGGAAGUCACCCUUCCGUUCUUUUGUAAACAUAACAAAGCAAAGUUAAAUUGUACUAGAGCUUUGAAAACUGCUUUUAAAAGAGUGGAAUCCAACAUUUUAAAUUGGGAAUACUAUUUUUGGACUAUUUGAAGCAGUAAAAGGAAGUUAUCUUCGUCCUGAUCCUGGAGCGGGAAGUCAGGACUGACGUGAACAAAUCAAGGUAUCUGUGUGUGUCAGAUGGUUAAAAGAAGAAAAUUUUUGUGACUCUAUUGUUCCCUUUCGUACUUUAAACGAAUAUAUAAGGAUAAAGGAUUUUAGGUAACAUGGAAAUGUAUCAGAAAGAAAUAUAAGUCUUCCCCUUAGGGGGAGCUUUAGAAACUGUAACUAAAUGCCAAGGACUUGAUAGUUGUUACAAAGAACCGUGGGAGAGUGCAACAAUGUUUUCAGAAGCUGUGGUUCGCCUGCUCAAAGAAACAAAUAUUCUACUGGAAGAACUACAUGAUAAGGUGAACCAGAUGGCCAAGUCGACUGGAAAUCUCGGACUGGCAGUGGAAGGCGUUGAUCAAACUGUGGGAAUAGAUGUGGAGUCUAUCCAGGACUCAAACCAGGAGUGUGUUUUGACAGAACAGGGGUUUGUGGCAUUAAAUCAGGAGUGUGGCUUGACAGAACAGCCUCAACAGGAGCUUGACCCUUCGGACUUCAUAAUUGAAUUUGGAAAUUCAGUAACAGGCUGCGACAUGUUUGGAAAUGUGGGGGUCCACAAAUUUGGGGGGGCCCUUGAAGUAUGCUCUUAAAUACUAUAUGGAAUGCAGUGAUGAACAGGGGAAAGGAUCUGAUCUGAUGAGAAGGGUUAAAAGCAUUAUUAAGUUGGAGCUACUACGAGCAAGUGACUACAGCCACAAAUAUGAAGAAAAGUUGCGGAAGGGCCAUGGAAGUGACUUGAGGGCCUCGGACAUAAGGUCACCGGGUUAGUUUGAUUAAUAAGGACUGACAAAUCCCGAAACCAGGAGGAAGGGACGUUGGAUUAAGAUUGGACUUGAUUAUAUGCUUCUUUCUCCUUUUUUGUUUUUUUAUUGUUUUUUUAAUUAAUAGAAUGUUUUAUAAAGCUGAUGAAUGAUAGAAUGAGAGAAAAAUGAAUGAUAGGAAAAUGUUGGAAGAAUUUACCUGGCUUUAGCAAAAAGGUAAAGAAUUAUGAAAGAACAUUAUGAAUAUAAGAAGUGGGUAAAGUCAAGAUCUAAAUUUUAAAUUUUAAAGUUUAUUUUAUAAUAGAAGGAAAGGAUUUGUGAAAGAACAUUAUGAAUAUAAGAAGUUGGUAUAAUUAAGAUUUAAAUUUUAAAUUGUAAGGUUUAUCAUAUAAUAGAAAAAUGGAAAGGAUUUGCUGGGAUAAUUAAUAACUAGAAUACAAAGGAAGGGAGGAGGAGGAGGUCUAAUGUUUUUUCUUCUUUACUAUUAUCUUUUUCUGUAUUUCUUACUUUUUAUAUUUUUAUUUUAUUUUUACUUUUGUAUUUUUUUCAUAUUGUGUGUAAGUUUUUGUAUCUCUUAUUUUUUGCUUUUGUGUAAUUUUUGUAUUUUUUCUGUUUUCUUUUGAAAUCUCAAUAAAUAUUAUUAUUAAAAAAAAAAGAAAAAGAAAGAAAAAAAGAAGAAGAAAAAAAAAGAAAACAAGAAGAGGCAGUUGGUCCCUCUUAACUGACACUCUUAACUGAACAAUAAUGGAACCCACUAAAUCCAAAGAAUGAAUAAAUGCUAGGGUUUUGAUUAAUUGGGAUAUGAAUUAAAGUACAAGAUGCAGAUGGCAUGCAUAUUUAUGGUACAACAAAGCAAAGGCCCAUAAUGCUUUUAAAAAUCACGUAAUUAGGAAAUCUCUGUACAAUGUAUGGAUAAAAUAUAAAUAUCUCUUAGAAAGGAAGACACCCAGAUGGCUUUCACCAAUGGAGGCGAAGGCCCAGAAAAAGUUAAAUAUGGACAUCAAGUGGUUGAGGUAUUCAGAUUUAUUGUUGGAGGAUAAAGAAGGUUAUAAAAUAAAACCAUUUGAUCAAGUUAAAGACAAGAUAAAUUGGUUACAUUAUCACCAUGUAGCCUUAUGAGGCUUUGCCCUUGGGUGGGAAAAAUAUUGCGCCUGGGAAAGGGAAGUGGGAGUCAACAGACACUCAAGGAAUAGUUUCGGAGAAAAGGCUUUUAUUUCUACCAUCCAUGAAGUGGUAGAAGGAGCAAGUGUGAUAAGUCACAAAAAGCAUGCACGAAGUUCACAGUCAUGUGCACAAGCAUAUAUACCCAUUUCCAGUUCCCUCCCCCUUUCCAGAGUCCUGCCCCAUGAGUUCCUCUGAGCAUGAACAGAAAGCUGUCUUGGGACUAUUGGGACUCUUGGCAGGAAAGGGGGUGAGGGGGUUUUCAGAGUGUUCCCGUUGUUUCAUUCUUGUGCUUUGGCAUGGUUCCCGGAGAGAAAGCAAGUUGCAAUGUGGUUCUUUAGCAAGGCCAGAAGACAUGAGAAAGGCCUGAGAAACAAUGGACUGUUCUCUACCUUUGUUACAGCAGAGCGGAAUGUUUCUGAUGCUUAGCUGCUGAGAAAAUGAAAAGCUUUGAGAAGCUUUGAGCCUGCUUUGGUGGGGGGUGACUUCGGGCCUAGGUGAGGUCACCUGUCCUCCUUUGGUGAGGGGUGACUUCGGGCAUAGGUGAGGUCACCUGUCCUCACCUUCCUUCAACCAGAUUAAUGAAUUGUUCAAAAUAGAUAGGAAAUAGAUAGGAAAAGUGGUUUUGCUUCAGAAAAUCCAAGUUGGAAACGGAGUUGUUGGAUUCUAAAGUUAAAAAUUUGUCUAAAAUGUAUAACUUAUUGUUGGAGUGGCAUACAAAAGAUGAACAAGUUAAAUCAGUGAUGAUAGACUGGGCAAGAGAUGUGGGACAUAACAUAAUAUUUGAAGACUGGGAAAGAAUGUGGAAGAAAGGGGUCAAGUUCACUGCAUGUACGGGGUUAAAGAAAAAUAUAAUGAAAAUGAUGUAUAGAUGGUAUUUGACUCCUGUAAAAUUAGCAAAGAUUUACCAUAACAGUGAUAAUCUAUGUUGGAAAUGUAAAGAGAAGGAGGGUACUUUCUAUCAUAUGUGGUGGACCUGCCCCAAGGUGAAAGACUUCUGGGAGAAAAUUUAUAAUGAAUUGAAAAAAAUGUUGAAAUAUACAUUUAUUAAGAAACCAAAGGCCUUUCUUCUUGGAAUAAUAGGUUUGGAAUUGCCCAAGAAAGAUGUUAAAUUAUUUUUGUAUGCCACAACCGCUGCUCGAAUUCUACUAGCUAGGAAUUGGAAAACACAAGAAGUUCCAACAGCGGAAGAUUGGCAGAUGAAGAUGAUGGACUUUUUGGAGCUAGCCGACCUGACUGGAAGAGUCCGUGACCAGAAGGAGGAGGAUUACCAGGAAGAGUGGAUGAAAUUUAAAGACUAUUUAGUUAAGUUAAUUUAACUGGAAAAGCUUGCAAAUACCAGAUAGGCUUAGGAUUUAAAUAUGUAAUGUGAUGAAUUAAUAUGUUUAAUGCUGAAUUGGAAAGAAAUAAAGAUGUUAAGUGAUUAAGUUAAUUUUCUAAGAGUUUAGGUUUUGGAAAACAGUUAAAAUGAUAUACACUGAAAUUCAACCAGGGGUGUAGUAAAGUUAGUGUUGUUUAAGAGCUGUUCCUUGGUCAAGCAAUGAGAGUGAGGCCUUGUGGGUAACCAACAAGCCACAAGGACCAUGGGAAAUAAGUUCUGUCCCUUUAACCCCAGACUAACAGGCACCCAGGGUGUGAAAGGUUUAUUAUGGGAAAGGAAACCCCUGAUUUAAUGGAAGGUUUGACACCUGGCUCCGAAGUUCUGUGCAUUCCCUUAGUGAUGUUAUCUGGCCUUGAUUGCCUGGGAAUGUGCAUCUGCAGAGGAUCCACGGAAGGGAGGAAACCCCUUUGAUUUAGGCUCUGGGUUCUUAACUGGCCCAGCUGCCAGAAGUUAGAUUGAUUAGCCCGCAAGCCGGUCAUUGGAGAAUUUAAAAAUAAUCAAGAGUUAUGAUUGGUUUCGGGGGUUCCGAUGCCACGUGCAAAUCGGGGAUAAAAGAUCUUGGGAAUGGCUGAGAAAGUGCGCUCUGCAAUCCGCAAACCUCCCGGCUGCUGAUGUUCCAUCUAAGUAGCUGUCUUUACAUCCUUUGUGAUGGAGAACUGCGAGAGCCUCUGAAAUGCGUAACAUUGAAAGGACUCUAACUAUUCUAUUUGUGCUUUAGUUGUGAGUAUGUAAGCCAGUUAGAUUUUAUAAUGUCUUUAUUUUCUUGCCUGUAACUUUGAAUGAAUUUAUUAAUACGGUCACAGACCAGCGUCAACACACACAAUAUCACAGAUCAUCAUCAUCAUCAUCAUCAUCAUCAUCAUCAUCAUAAUAAAAUAUCAGAAAUACAGAGGACAAUAUGAGUAUAACAAGGAUUUAAAUAUAAAAAAUUAAAAUUAAUUAUUAGCGUGCCCCCUGUAAUUAACAUUUGGGGGUUUGGUCAUUAUGGGAUACCACUUGCUUCCUGCGAUUAAUUGCAGAUGCACAGAAUUUGGCUACAUUUGAUGUAGUCUUGGGAUUCUUGUCCUCUAGCAGUAGUUUUAAACUAUGGUGUUCCGAUUCUUUCCUGGACUUUUGCAAAACAGGUGUAAUAAAAGUCAAACGUAUAUCCUCAUAAAGACGACAACGUAAUAAUACAUGUGAAGCAGUUUCAACUUCCAACGAGCCACAGGGGCAAACCAGUGCUGUGUAUGGUUUACCCUCAAAUCUGCCCUGAAGUAAGGCAGAAGGGAGAACGUUGAAUCUGGCGAGGGUAAAAGACCGUCUGUAUUUGGGUACCUGAAGACCUGACAGACAGUUAGCUGGAGAGAAACCUCUCCCAUGGUCCCUUAUUGCUGGAUGUUUGAUCAUUUCGCUCAUGUGGCAUUGUAAUUCUACGUCCCAGAUACGCUGGCGAAUUGUAGUCCUAGCUUUCUCGAAGCCUGUCGCUAUCAGGGUCUGCUGUGGGAUCCCCAAGCCUUUAAGCUUUUCCAGCAGUGUAGCUUUCCAUUUGGAUUGGUAGGUAUCUAAUAAGGUUAAAGGUGCCAGCCCAACCGGGAAGAAAAUAAGCUUUAGCCAAUAAUGGAUCUUCAGUAUCCAUAUCCGAGUACUGAUAGGAAUUUGCCCAACCUCCAAACGGACUGCUAUGUUGGAUACGCAAGAGGGGAUCCCCAGCAGGCAGCGGAAAAACUUAGUUUGAAAUGCCUCUAAGAGAGUAAGGUUUUUAAAGCUGCAGAUCUGGGAUCCAUAUAGCAAUUGUGGUAGUAUUUUGGCAGCAAAGACCUGGGAGGCUGCCGGUAUGUAUUGGCCCCUUUCCCAUAGAAGAAUCUUAUUAACGCUUUGGUAGAUCUUUCUGCAUUUGCAAUAGUAUUAUUAAUCUGAAAGCGCCAGGAGCCCCUUUCCUGGAAGGUUACACCCAGGUAUUUAAAGGUUGCUACCUGUUCUAUUAAGCGAUUGUCUAUUCUCCAUUUGUGCCUCCUCCUUUUUUUAGAGAACACCAUGACUUUGGAUUUGUUGUAGUUAAUUGUUAAUUGUUCGAUGCUGCAGUAUUUGGUGAAAGAUCUCAAAAGUUUUCUUAAUCCAACACAAGAAAAAGAAAUUAAAACUGUGUCAUCCGCAUAUAAAAGGACCGGGAGGGGCGUACCAGCCAAUUUGGGGGGGAUGGGCAUUUUCUUUCUCCAUAUUUCCUACUAGCGAGUUGAUAUAGAAGUUAAAGUAGGCGCAAGGACACACCCUUGCCUGACCCCCUGAUGGAUUUGGAUUUCCUUGGAUAGGUGGCCCUGUCGGUCACACCUUACCCGGAUCCGUGUAUUUUCAUAUAGACUGUGGAUGAGAUACAGUAGGCGUUUGUUUAUAUUUGCGGCGCUUAGCUUUCCCCAAAGCCUGUCCCUCGGUAUUAAAUCAAAAGCAGAUUUGAAAUCUAUAAAGGCCAUGUAUAGGGAACCUCCUUUUCUUGAUGUAUAUUUCUCCGCAAGAUGUUGGAGAACAAGGCCCUGGUCUAAGGUUGACCGAUUUGCCCUAAAACCAGCCUGUGCUUCUGAAAGAAUGUGGUCUUGUUCCAACCAGUCCACUAAUUUGCCGCGUAGGUGGGCAGCGUACAAUUUGCUAAUGAUACUUAGGAGGCUGAUUGGCCUGUAAUUAGCCGGAUCUGAUCGGCUCCCUUUCUUGAAUAAAGGGAUGAUGAUUGCUAAUCCCCAGUCCUCAGGGAUAGUGGCCGAUUGGUCUAUGCUGGUAAAUAGGGCAGCUAGCACAGGGGCCCACCAUUCAACAUUAGCCUUAAGGAGUUCCGGUGUAAUGUUGUCUACGCCGGGUGCUUUUCCAGGUUUAAGAGAUUGGAUGAGCCUAUAGAUCUCUUCAGUUGCUACUGGUGGGCUUUCUGCGCCAAUUUCACUCUGUUCUGGGUGCAGGUCCGUCAGAUGUUGAUUUGAUGUCUAUAAAGAUAGAAAGUAAGCCUCCCAAAUCCCAACUGGUAUAGUAUAAUCAAUUUCAAUCGGGAGUCUUGCCAACUUUUCGCGACUAUUUUCCAAAAGGUGGCUGAGUCUUUCCUUCGAGAGGCCUCUAAUAAACGUUGCCACUCCCCUUUGGGCCUGAAGCUUUUUCUUUUAAUCAGAUCUUUAUAUUUACGUUUGGCUUUGAACCAUUCCGCGGGAAGCAAGGGUAAGUUCGCUGAUUUGUAAUUCCUGUACUUAUCCAGCAAAGAACGCUUUGUAGCAAUACAUUCCUGAUCAAACCAGGGUUUGGAUUUGUUGGGGAAUAUAGGUUGGUGCGAUGUCUUUUUUUGAAUCAGGUGGGGUUGCAAAAGUGAGAUCAGAUCCUGGAACAAGAUUAUUCUAGAUUCAGAACAUGGUGGGUUUAAGAGAUUAUCUCUUCUCAUGAGGAAUAUGUCCGAGUAUAGCCUUUCAGAUGUUUCGGCAUUCAGCUUUUCGGACCAUCUAAUACGUGAGUAUCUCAACUCCAUGUUGGAGGACCUGGGGGCUUCAAGUUUAUCAUUGCAAAAUAAGUCUUUUCUUGCAUCCAGGAGGAGGCAGAGCGGUAAAUGAUCACUAUCAACCCUCUCCUCCACUUUGCACUCAAGGGCUCUAUUUAGGAGGUUAAAUGAUACCAUAACAUAGUCGAUAGUGGAAGCUCCUGCAUUUGAUAUAAAAGUAAAUUCCCCACAGGUCUCCCCAUUCUUGCGCCCAUUUAGUAUGACCAGGUCCAGCUUGUUAGAAAGACGCAAUAGGCACAGACCUGCAUAAUUACAUCCCUUGUCUUUUGAGAGUCUGGUGGGUAUAAGGUGGUUUUCUUCCACGAUGGGUGGCGAGUCGUGGAAGUGUGCAUAUAGUGCUUCGUCAGACUGGCCAAUUCUGGCAUUAAGAUCACCAGCCACUAGCACUGAAGCUGCAGGGGUUUGAGUCAUCAAACCAUCAAUGUAUGUUUCCAGCCCAUGCCAGGUGUUUUUAAUCUGCUGCUUGCCUCUUUGGGGGGGAAGAUAUACAUUAAUCAGUAGCAGGGUGAAGAAUCUACUUUUCACUAGUAAGGCCAUAGCCAGGUGUUUCAGUGUCUCUAGCUUUACUAAGGACGCCCUCAACCUUGUAGAUAUUAAAAUGCCUAGGCCACCCUUGACUCUCCCCCCUUUAGUGCUUGGGGAUCCUGUGAGGGACAUUGAGGAAAAGCCGUUAACUUCUAGGUCUCCUGUGAGCCAUGUCUCCUGUAAAAAUACUAUAUCGUAGCCUUGGAUAAAUUUAACAAAGGAUGGGUCAGCUGCCUUUUUUUGCCAUCCUGCGAUAUUCCAUGAUAAAAAGCUAAGGUUGGCUUUACCAAAAUCCACUCCUUGUCAAUUAUCUUCCAAGGUACUGUUGGAGUUUACCAUUCUGCGUGGCAGCCGUCUGUCAUCCUUACAUGGAGAGCUGCCCAGGUGUUCUAUGGUGUCAGAUGGUAAAUGUAAAGUGCUCACAUUGGUAGACACUGGGUCUUUGCUAUACAAGGCCUCCUCCUGGGGGUAUUCUACCUGGUUGUAGCCUAAUUCCGCUUCAUCUAAGUAUCUCAUUUUGGACCAAAAGCCUGGUGAGGUUUCCUUGGGCAUGUUUUUCCUUAUAGGGAGCGAUGCAUUGUUCUCCUUUGUAAGUUGUACUUUCUUGAUUGCAGGUAGAUUAAUCUCUGCCUUUAUCUGAAGGUUACGUGGUCGAUGAGCCGCUGAAUCGAGUUCUUGUGAGAUGAUCAUUUUGGAAGGGCUCUUGCUCUUUCUUUGGACGUCCACCUUAGUUUCCUUAUAUAAGUCUUUCCCAGCCAGCUUGUUUCUUAACGUUUCUAAUCUUUCUAGGAUUUCAGCUUGUAUUAAAGGUGGGAAUGUCCAGAAUUGACUAAUUAAGGUAUUUUCUUCAAAGGAGAAGUUGUGUGUGGGGAUGCCCAGUUCGUGAGGCGACUGGUGGUUAUUCUGAUAUUCAGCUUUAUUGUUUUCCACCACCUUUGAAUAGAUGUCUUUCUUAUUUAAUUUGAUGAGGUGCGAGGGGGGGCCGGGCACUUCGAAUAGGCGAGUCACUGUCAGCAUCACUCGAUUAUACUUAUUGUCAUUUGGGAGAAAAUCUACAUUGAUAACGUUACCUUGUAAUAGGAGGCCUCUGAGUACUAAGUCAAUUUUUUAAAAUAUAUACGUUCUUUGUUGGACCAGUGAAUGUAAUUCUGUACGGUUGUACAUAGGGCAAAUAACCAAUCUGCUUCUGUUGAGGAUCAGCGUUUGAUUGUUCUGAGUUAUCUUGUUGUGAAUGGGGUGUUAGUCACCAAAGUAGCAGAGGAGGUUUGCCGGUCUUUAUCUAUUUGUUCGUUCCGAUCUUUUGUUGGUUGAGGGCUAGGGGAUUGUGAUGCACUUGUCACUUUGGGUUGCUGGAUAGUGCUCUGUUUUAGGGUCACGGGUUUAGUAUUCUUUGUAUUUGAUUCCUUUAUUGUGGGAUUCUCCAGGAGCUUGAAUAACUUAGAAAAAUUCAAUUUCUUAGUUCGUGUAUGACUCUUAGUCCGCCUUCCCACUUUUAUGUUUUUAGACUUCUUCUUGUGAAGUGGGUGUAUUCUUUGGUGGCGAUGCUUCUUUUUAGGUGAGGACUGUUGGUAGACAUGGGAGUGGCUCUCUCUGGGACCUUCUCUGAGAUACUGGGCUCUGUUGGAAUUUCAGCCGCUGGAGUGGGGGGGGGUGAGAUUGCUCCCUUCCUGAUGAGCUCUGUCAGGCUUACUAGCAAACCCACACAUUCCGUAAGAAAGUUCCUGAUUGGUCCUAAUUCUUUACUUAUGUGCAUUUGGCAUUCUUUCAUCAUUUCAUUGAAAAGCCCAAUCAGGAUACAGGUAUCGCUAUCUGUGUCCCAGCAGGCUCCUUUUAGCUGACUUGGAUUUUCCUCUGUUCUCGUCGCACUUGAGGAUUCCAUCCUAGCCUUUUUGCUGGGGCUGGCUGCAUUGACUGAUCCAUCUAGUGUGACUUCCAGGCGUUUCAAAUUUCGUUCUUGAUCAUGUUCUACGGGAGUGUCGGUAGCACUAGAUUGGGAGACUAUCUGAGCCAUCUCCAUUGUCAGACUGAGCCAUCUCCAUUGUCAGACUGAUCCCCUCUCUCUCCUCAUCAAUAUCAGGUUCCUUCCCAUACCAUGUUCGGUCAAUAGACCAAUCGAGGAGAGGUGGGGACUCGGAGCCUAUGGGCGUUUUUGUUUUAGGCUUAAAAUAAUGCGAAAUUUUCGUCUGCGAGGUUACUGAUGGUGAUUCAACCCUCUGCGCUGGGGAGAUCCCCAGAACUUUACAUUUCUGUCUGGUGAGCACCAUCUCCGUAGAGUAUAUGGAGCUAUGUGGGAUAUGUGGAUGUGAAGAUAGCACCGCUUAGUCCCAGUUAGACAAGCUGGAAUUAGCACUCCUCUCGUUAAAUAACGCUCUCCCCAGAAGCUCCACGUCUAGUUAAUUAAUUAGAAGUGGCUGUGGUCCACUGCGUGCCAGACUUUCCGACAGUUCACAAUCUAACGGUCAGAGAUAGAGGGGGAUAGAUAAAAUAGAUUUUUACAGCUGCAUUACUUACAACGACCGUGGCAGAUGAAACGUUGAGGGGAGGAGAGCGAUGAAAUCCAAUCUGGCUUGAACCGCCAUCUUACUUGCCGAAGAGACUAUGUAGUGAUACUCCCCGACGGCGUUGAAAGCCCUCCGGUGAUGUUAACAUUAAUUUACUGCCCCCGCUGUACCCCGCCAGCUGUGUGGAAUUCCGAAGUGUAAGUAGAGCUCAGUACUCUCUCUUCCUCUCCCUCUAUUAUAGUUGCGCUUGGAGAGGUGUUUCGUUGCCCCUCUCUUCAGCGAGGCAUUUAGAGAACCAGCAGUUUAUCAACGUCGCCAGUAAAACAGUAAAACAAUAAAACGUUAGCUAAGAAAAACAGGGGCGGUGGUGAGGUGAUAAGUCAGCCAAUAAAUCAUUAAAACUAUAAAAUUAGAGUCCAGGAAGGCUAAAAAAAACUACUUAAAAUCUUAAUUGAAGGCAGGCGAACCUGACUAUGCUGCUAUCUCCGUCACCAUCUUGUCUCAACCCUGUAACUUUCUAAAGAAGUGCCUGCUAUUUUAGCAUGUUUUCUUAUGUUCUUUUAAAAUAAAUUUUAAAUAAGAAACUGUUUUGGUUUGUGUGCCCUUCCGGGGGAAAAGCUAAUUCCUAGCCUUACGCUUGGUUACGCUCUACCGUAGAAUUUCUGUCUGCAAGUCUGUGGAUACAGCUUGUGGAGUGGGGAUAACCAGUAAUAACGGGGCACAGCCUUCUCCCUGGGUUGUGGCUCUGGGUUCCCUGGGACAAAGGGAGUGGUGGCAGCCUUAACCGGUGUGAUUUUGUCCCGUUUCUGUAAAACGUAAACUUGCCUGCCAGCCCUGCUCAAGAAACCUGAUCUGGCCGGAGAGCAAAAACAGGUGAGGGAGGGGCGAGCGGCUGGGGGCGAAGUUUACCACAAGGGGGAUAUGAGGAAGUCACUUAACAAUGUUACUAAGUUUGGUUUAAUUGCGGUUGAGAUUUAUGUUUGUUUGUUUAACAAAUUUUCUGGGAAACCUUUUUUUAAUAAAUAAAUAAAUAAAUAAAUAAAUAAAGUACAAGAUGCAGAGCUGUGCCAGACAGCGAAUUCCUGGGCUGGCUUAUGCAAACCAACCUGUCUGAGCUAUGGCUAUCAGAAGAACAAUGGAGGGCCAUUAACAAUGCAAGAAGACUCCUUUCCCCUUGCCCUGAGGCGUGAACAGAGACCAGUUUCAGGUGAUGAGAGUUGUUUGAGGGGACAGGAAAAGGCAGUUUUUGAGCAAGGUUUGCUGGGAAGAAGCAGCAGGAGAGGAGCUGAGCUCCAUCUUGGGCAGGCAGGCUAAAGGAUGCCUGCGCUGCUCCUUGUGAAAUGACCACGCCGUAAGAUCUGGGCUCCCACUAUGCAGACUGAAGGUGUAAAUAGGUGAAUAAAACAUAUUUCUUAAAGCUACAAGAGUCUCCACUGUGUUUUCUAUUCUCCAAAGGGACACAGACCCUUUUUUACAGCUGCCACAGACUAGGUUGACAUCUUAACUGAGAUAUCUACCACAACCUCAGGGUCUCAUUCAACGUCAGUCACCACCAGUUCAUACCUUACAAGUGUCUAUGGGAAAUUAAGCUUUCUUGCUCAGUCAUGCCUCUUGUUACUCUUGUUUACACAGAAUUGCAUUUGCCAUUUUACUGCUCAUUCGCUCACUUUGGAGAGGUGAAUUUAGAAGUCAGUGGUAUGUGUGUGCAUGCAAUAUUAUGCAGAGGAUCCUUUUCUUCUGUUGUCAUUGAAGACUAUGCAACAGGGAUUUUGGAAUGCACUAGAUGGGCCGCUCUCCUGCCGCGUUUUUGUCUGUAAUACUGCUCGUUCACUCACUUUGCAAAGGUCCUUUUGGAACUGUUUGUGAUUGCUUUUAGCUUAACUGACCUUGAACAAUUUAGUGUCAUCUGCAGACUUGGUCAUCUCACAAGAGACCCACAACUGCAGGCCUCACAAGCUGAAGCCGGGCAGUUAGGAGUCUGACUUCUGAUGGUUCUGCCUCCAUUUCCAAGUUUCCGUGGCUUGGGAGACACGGCCAUUCCACAGUCUCAAACCUGCUUACAAAACAAUAUGUUAUUUGUCAUCGCCAUUUCAUCCACUUUGUUCUUUACUUUGAUUGAAUUUCUGAUUGGAACAUUUCCUUCCUUUUCACAUUCUCAUUAGAGCACCAUGCCCUGCAGAGACUCUGGGAAGCACCACAUGUGGCUGCAGGGAUCUGUUUUAAAUGAAGGGGUUCCCAUAAGUCACUCUUCGUAACCCCAAUCCGGUUUUUCCAGCUCAUUGAAUGGGCUGAUUCAACACCUGAUUGGCCAUCUGCCAGCCACUCAACUGUCAUAUUUUCAGAGUAAGAGUCAGAGGCAGAGCACAACAAUAUUGCAUCUAAGGGAACAUAAAAAUACACCUCUAUAUAUCUUUAUAUAUCUAUAUAUAAUCCGUCUAUCUAUCUCUGUAAUUCCCAGUUUUCACAUUAAUUUAUAUACUUGGCCCUCCAGAUGUUUUGGGACUACAACUCCCAUCAUCCCUAGCUAACAGGACCAGUGGUCAGGGAUGAUGGAAACUGUAGUCCCAAAACAGCUGGAGGGCUGAGUUUGCCCAAGCACCCACGGCCCCCUGGAGUUGGCUCCUAUCGUUGUAUAUCUCCUUCUCAUUCAUGAUCUUGUGCCUUGCUGGUGCUAUUAUGAUACCCCACACAGGGCCAUACCCUUGUAUUUUUGCAGGUUUCCAAUUAGCGUCAUUUUUUUGAUUUGAGCCAGAACACAAUUCUGCCGUAUUUGUAGGUGAGAAGAUGGGAAGGAGGAGAUUUCUGCAAUUUUUUCAGCAGGAGGGAAAUGCCAGUGAGACGGAGGAUCUUGCUGGCUGUAGCGGAAGCAGGCGGAGGGAGGGGUUACCAGCUGGCUGCAGAAUCUACACAGAAGUGGUCUUCCGUUCUGCAUCAGUGGAGACAUGUUGGGGACAUGGAAAGCAGGGCAGGGAACAUUGCAAUAUCACAAUUUUUUCCUCAUAUGAAUGAAGCCCCCUUUACUACAAGACAGGUACUUCUGGAUAAUGCCUACCGAAACCACGCCAUGGACAUGCAGGAAAAUCCGUAAGGAAAGAUGCCCAGGACAUAGACAUGACAUUCCCUUGUCUAGAGUCAGGAUAGCAGCAACAACAACCAGCUUCUCUUUCAUUUCCUGUUGUGUUCUGAGUUCCCCCUUUCUCAAGGGAAUGUGCUCAGUAUUCCUUCAUUUCAUUGCUUGGCAACAGUGUUUCAAUUUUCAAGUCUUGUUAUGCUGCCUUUAAAGCCCUAGGAAGUAGCUUCCACAUUUUGCUUUCAAACUUCUUUCAUAGAUAUCUGAUAGCCAUACUUUUUUUUAAAAUGUCAGUGCUAAGAUUCUGCCUCCCUCCUCCUUCACUGGCCUGAGGAGUGGUACACAUAUGUCGGCUGAACUGCCCUCUCAGCAGCCUGUAGAUCCAAGCUGGAUCUACACUGAUAUGAAAAUAUAGCUGUCAAUGUAAUUUACCACUGAUGAUGGAUCACUGCUUUGCAGCAUCCUCAGGUGUCACAUUUUAUAAUGCAUUUUUAAUGACAUAAUUGACCAUUGUAGCUGUCCAUAGUCUUUAAAUGAGGAUUAUACAUGAAGUGCUCCAAAUGCAGGAAGGACCACUGGGCAAUAGAUGGUAGGUGUUUGUACUUCCAAUCUUACAGUAUACACCUGUUAGCCAUCAGUAUUACUUAAUGGCAAAGCAUUACAUGGAAUAGUAGCACUAAUAUUCUGCAUUUCACCAGACAUCUUGCCUAAUGGAGAAUUCUGUGAGACUUUGCAAACCGCACCCGGCGCUUUGAAAAUGUUGAUGCAAUAAUAAUGCAUUCAAGGACAACCCUAGGCACAAAAAGCUGGCGUAACUAAAGCCCAGUAAAUUAAGCUGGUGUAAAGUUAAACCAAAUCCAAACCCAACCAGCUACCACUUCCGUGACUUCUUCCUUACAAGUGCAGAGUGUGGCCUGCUGGUCAGCUUCCUCCUCUUCCAUCUUGUGCUGGACUAGUUUUAACCAGCCAUGUCAUUUAUUUAAAACAUUUUUAUACUACUUUAACAGUCAUAGCUGCCCCCUCCCUUGAAGGAAUUCUGGGAACUGUUGCUUGUGGAGCAAAGCAGGUGGAAAAAGCCAUUGCCUGAUUAACAUUUUUGCAGACAAUGGCACUGGCAGACCAGGAGAUGGGGACAAGCAGAACAAGCCACUGCCAAGUCCCGAGACUUUCCCUUUGGUCUCUGGGUCCUCCAUGCAGUUGGAACACCCAGCUCUGGAGAUGGCAGCAAGGAGGCCCAGAACAGAACAGUGAUAGAGACCACCGCCAGGGUGUGGACCACCUGGAGGUCCACAGGAAGGUCCAGCAGGGAGUCGUAGACCUUGCACUGCAUCUGGCUGGUGCUCUUGUAGACGCAGUUUAUUCACAACUCCUGGCUCCUACCUACGUGUGUGUGUGUGUGUGUGUGUUGUGACAUCAACCCCCCCAUCUCAGUGACAGGUCGGUGCCCAUGGGGAUGAGGAGCCAAGUGACUCUUAAAGCGGACAUGGGCCAAAUUGCAGCUACACUAAAAGUGAAAGGUAGCUCACACCCAUUGCCCCUUUAAGAGCAGCUUAAAUUGGGACAUCUCAGGGCAAAGGAAAAAUCUGAUUGCUUCCAUAGCAGUCCCAAAAAAUUUGAGGCAAUUGAGGUAUACGUAUAUUGGCAGUAAACCUUGGGGCAAAUCACAGGGGUGUAGAGACAAAGAGAGAGAGGACAAAGUUAAGCCAUGCAGGCAAAUCCUGAAGUUGGGUUAAAAAGAAAAAGGGUGGAGAUCUUCCUUGUUCUCUGGCUCUCGGCAAGCAACCUUGGGUGGGUCUCCCUAACCGGUGGCCUCUGCUUGCUCUACAUGGGCAAUUUGGUGGGUGGGGGAGGACACACACGCCUGCAUGGUCUAAGGAGGGUGAGAGGCACCCAUUGCUUAAGGCAGUGGUUCUCAACCAGUGUGCCGUGGCACCCUGAGGUGCCUGGAAUUGUGGUCAGGGGUGCCGCGGGCAACACUGGCCUCUGUCCCUCUUUCCUUCCCUCCCCCCUAUGAUGUCCUCUCACAUUUCUGACUAUUCACAUAAAAUGAAUUUUCAAGUCAGACUUUUUGUGCAUGUUUUGUUUUGUUUUCGUUUUUUGCUUUAUGGAAGCAAUUAACCCAUCACGGAUUGUUCCUUAAGCUGGUCUUAAGCUUGCAGCUACCUUUCACUUUGUAGCGUAGCUGCAAUUUAGCCCAAGUCCCUUUGAAGAGCUACUUGGCUCCCCAUCUUCCCUGGGCGCUUACUUGACAUUGAGAUUGGGACGGGGGCUUGACAUCAUGAGGGUGUCACUGGCCAUACACUGAAAGAUUGUCAGUGACCUACCCUGCAUGAGGGGAUAUGGGGUGGGCUGCCUGCGUACACAUGUGUCCUGCGGGGCACCCCCAUAUCCCAUUUACACUGAGGAGCCCCACCCUGGUCUUCUGUAGAGAUUUGAAAUGUCAGAGAAUCUAACAGAUAAUAAUCAGCACUCCUGCCAAACUGCAAGCCUCCAUGAUUCUCUGGGGAGAAAAAAUGACAUUUAAACCAUUGUAGGGAUUGUAACCUGGCUAUAAAAGAGAGAGGAGUUAGGAGGCUUGCAGAUUCAUUUUUAAAGCAGUUUUUCUACCACUACUGAUGAAUGUGAAUGUUACAAGACAGGGGCUCCUCUACUCCUUGGGGAACAUGUGUCAUUGAGAGGAGCAAUAUUUCCUGACCAGAAAGCAGAAUGCAGGUAGAUUCUGGGAAAGCCUCAUGUAGUUUCAGAUAAUAUGAUCAACGAGUUGGGAUAAAGUUUGGGGACGUCUUGCUGCUGUGAAGCUGGUGUGAAGAAUAAAGAAAGGAGGCACAUCCUUCAGAAUAACCCUGCCAUGCUGAAUGCAUCAGUUGCUUAAAGCAUGGUGCUGAUACGGCCCAGGUGGAGUUCCCGCCAGCUCCUGCACUUUGAAUUGGCCAAUGAGAGGCCUGCUCAGGUGAGAGGGGAUGCCUCGCUGCUGAAAGGCCAUUGGCUGCCCACCUGCCAGGGCAGAACAGAGCCUGUUCAGUCUACUGCUGCAGUGGUUUUAAGUAAGAAGACAGGCCCAAAGAAACCAGUCUCCUUUCAAACUCCUUGAACGUUAAACAAGAAAGUGGUGGUGCCGGCUGCAGAGAGAACCAAUUCCUUGCAAGUGCAGAACGUACCUUACGUAGCCCUGGUAAAAGUGCCAGUUCCACAUACUGUGUAGGGAUGUUGUACAUGAAUAAGGGGCUCAGACAAACAUUAGCCAAUCGGUGCUCCCUCAACACAAGGCAGCAGAGAAUUAAGGUCACAAUGUUCCUUCUCCAUUUUGCAAAUUCUGCAUCUUGUCCUCUAAAGAAGAUAAGGGAAGAAGAUUAUAUAUUUUGUGUUCUCAUGUUGUACUUUUAUGUUCUGAACUGUCUGUGAUCUGCUAAUGAAGGGUCGUAUACAAAUUAAAUAAUAACAAUAGGCGAACUUCCCCAUAGCUAUUAGGAUUUCCCACAAAUCCCAAUUGCACUCAAGUUUCUGGAAGGACUUUCUGAGAACCUCACAGAAUAGCCUCUUCUUGGAUUGUCUGGGUGGAGCUACUGAUGGGAAUCAUAUCUCACCAAAGUCUCCCAGGAUGCUAUAUAAGCAGGCCUGGUGGCCCACAUGCCAUUCACACUGAAUCCUAAAAUGUGGGCCAAGAUCUUCGUACCACUUGUGGGACUCCUUUGCGGGGCCAGCCUGCCACUGACUUCUUCCCAGGCUGAUACAGGUCACUUUGCUUCUCUUUCCUUCCUCUUUGCAGCCUUCUCAUGCAUCUACCUGAAAUCUGGGCAUCUGGAACCACCCUUAGAAACAGAGCAAUAACAACCCUUGGAUUCUCUUCCUCCAACUUUUCUGCUUAUUUGCCAGCAGUAAACGGGAUAGUCAUUCCCAAGGGACGGAUCCCAUGGUUCCAAAACAAAUACCCUUUUAUUAAGAUUUGUAAUUGCCUGUUUCUGUGUGCUGAGAUCUUUGUAGGUUUAGGGGACAGCAGAGACAUUCUUCUGAUAGGGGCAAAGAAGGCAGGGCUCUCACAAACUAUGUAGCUGAAAUUAUUUAGCUGAGAUUCCUGCAUUAGAGGGGGAGAUUCUAUCAGGGAGGUUCUAUCUAUACAGGGAGCGCAGCUAUCAUCAAGCCUUUAUCAAAGAAUGGUACACUCUGUCUACCUGGGAUAGUCUUCUUCCACCAAGCGUGCAGCUUAGGGAGGGACGCACAUGAAACAGGGGGACACCUGCCUAGCCAGCCAGGUCAGUCAGAUCAGCCCUGGCGAUCAAUGGGGUGACAGAUGUCUCAGUCGGAUCACCCUCACAUCCGUCUUGAGACAUCUCCUGGGGCUCCCAAGUUCAAUCAUGUAUGAGACAAUGUGUGCAGAACUAGGUAUACAGAUGAUGGAAUAUUGGGUGUGGGCUAGCACUAUGAAAUACUGGUUGCAUUUCCAUUUUGUUGCCAACCUUUGAGUCUACUCUCUGACCUAUUUACGGACUCAAUCCAGAAGUUCCAACUCUUACAUAGGAAAAUCAGAUCUAUUGGUAUUCAGAUCAGAUCUUCAAACCCUUGUAUAAUUUGAGUGAGCAAUAUAUUUAUUGCAAUAAUCAAAACAGAUUAAGGUAAAUUGGGGGGGAAACAACAUCAAGUCAGGUGUAAAUAAAAUUUGCUCCCCCGAGAUAACAGGGUCACAUAUCUCAAAAUUAAUAAUUUCCCCCGAGAUAGCAGGGUCACAUAUCUCAAAAAUAAUAAUUUCUGUCCAAAGCAGGACCUUUAUCUUAGCCCGACUGAAUGCUUUUCCUUCAGCUUUUGUUAAGGGCAGAUUUUUAAACAUCCCCAGAAAUGAUAGACAUUGUGGAUGUUCUUUGAUUGUGCCGGACACUGUAGAACAUAUCCUUUUCUACUGUCCAUUUUACAACCUGCUACGUAGACGCAUGCUACCUCUCCUUUUUGGGUAGUCUAACAUCACGGCACAAUGAAAAUAUCCGAUUAACCCGGAAUUAACUGCAAGGGGGGCUGAGGUUUUGUUAAUAGUAUCUCUUGGAGUGCUAAAUGGCACUAUUUAGCAGGAAGAAAUCCCAAUGAAAUUCCUCAUCAUUAUAUAUUUUACAUGGCUGUUUAUUUGUAUAUAUUUUAAAUGUUUUAGGAUGCCCUAUAUUUGUAAUGCCUAGAAAGGUUUUGAUGAUGUAAGUAAGUAAGCAUUACAGGGGGUUGGACUAGAUGAGUAUUAGGGUCCCUUCCAAUUCUAGAAUUCUAUGAUUCCACGAAAAGAGAAUAUGCAUGGGAAAGAGGGUCAGAGAGAAGGAAAAUCUCAGGGGUGCAGAGAAGAACAAAUGGCAGACAAAAGCAAGACUGGAAGGAUUGAGAUGAAAAGCAGAGGUUUUAACCCACGACAUUUAUUCAUUGGCUGAUUUUUAAAUCAUUUCUAAGCUGCUUAAAUCUUAAACAGUGCACUAAGCAACAUAAAAACUGUAAAGCAAUAUCAGAAAAACCAUAAAAACAGUAAUAUAAAGUCAUUAAAAAACCAGGAAUUUUAUCUGUCUGUCUGUCUGUCUAUUUUGUUCCCUUAGGUGAAAUAUUGGUGUGCACUCUCUCUGCCUCUGUCCCCGAAGGCAUGAUGAUUAUGUGGCAAGCAGGUGGCCAAUCAGGUAACACCUCCGGCAUCAUAAGUGCAAGCAUUGGUAGCACAUCCUCAAUCAGAGUUGGACUACAACUCCUUUUUUCGGGGAGGUACACCUGUCAAAUUUCCCUCCCUGAGUCCCAAACUGAAGUCAAUGAACCUGCAGGUAAAAACUCUCAACACAGUUGGGACUUAGUUGUCCUUUGAAAAGUAUGGUUUGGGAGUGGGAUGAUUGUUUCCAGAUUGCUUAAGAUCCUCUCAGGGAUUGACCAUUUCAAGACUGCUUCAUUCUUAAUUCAGAAAUUUAUUUCUGCUUUCCAUUAUGGCCUGUUGAGAUAAGACUUUCCCCACCAGUUGCCAUGAUAUUGGUGCUAGUAUUGACUAAAGACACAACUUGAAAUUGCAAUCAGUCCGGUGGAGGUCUGAACAGUAAUUCUCCUCUUAUCUCUGCAGAAAGGUUUUCACCGUUCUUGAACAAUACUAAAUGCAUGUUUUUAUCAGAAAGUAACAAUGGGAGAAGGAAAGGAAAGAAUGUGUACCCUGCAGGGGUCAAGGUGUCUCCCACAAUAAUUUCCACCCCCAUUAAAAACCAUUUCCACCUCCAGCCAAGGAUCCUUCUAAGCUUCAUCUACCUGUUGAUCAUGUUUACCCAGCAUAGGGUGACCUAGAUGAACAGAUGGUGCCCUUCUAUUGGAGGCAGAUUUUUAUAUCCUUGCCCUGGUGGCCACGUCCACACAUUUAAGGAGCUCCGUACCUAGUUAGCUGCUGCAGAGAUGGUAUUAUUGGAUAUGGGAUGUUUUUAUCUAUCCUUGGUUUUCAAACCCGGCCUAUACACCGAUACCUUCUCUGGGAAGGCUGGGGUGCUUUUUGUGCUGGGUGCUUUCUUUAUACAUGUUGGGGAAAGGAGCUGUGUAAAUAUUCCUGGAAUCUCCACUAUCCCACCGUGUCCUCAUCCAGCUCAAGGAAGCCCCAUGUAUGUGCCACAGAUCUUCCUACUCAGGUCCACACACCCAAGAACUUCAGUUAAAUCCCCUUUGCUCCUUAAAGCUUUCAUUAAGGAUUUACCCCCUCUAUCUACAGAUUAAAAAUGUUGGUCAGAGAAUCCAGCAGAAAAUAAUCAGCACUAAAUGGUGUCAUAAAUGUUGUCCAUCAGUUAUGUCUAAAAUUAAUAGCUGUUGCCUCUCCCUUUCUCUCAUACUUUCCCCACCCCAAAACUUAAAAAGACAAAGGGAAGGGUCUCCAUGAGAACCUCUAUCGCGCCAACCAUAAAGAAAGCAGCCUUCAGCGAGCACAGACAGUCCUCACCGGCAUGGUCAUAGGGCUCAAUGCAAGUGAAGUUUCUGUCCAGUGGGUGAAGAAUGCCCUCCUUGAAGGUCGCCAUGUGAAUCCCCGAGUCUUGAAGGGCAGCAUCAAGGAUUCCCUCUUGGCCAUCAGCCAGGUGGUAGUCCCCUACUCUGACUGGAACAACGGCACUUCAUACUCCUGUACAUUUACCCGCACAGCAGGCACCGUGGAGCCCACCCAGAGGCCUGAGGAGAAAUCCCAGGGUGAAAAGUGAGGCACACCCCUUUCUCAACCUAUCUCAGUUUUCCCUCCUCAGCCUAUCCCAGAUUCAAUAAUAUCCAUGUAAUUAUGUAGCCUAAGGCUGAAUAAAAGUGAGCAAACUCAUAGAUAUCUAAUGAUGUGAUCACUUGAUUGAGGUGGUGGGUGGGUUCUGGAAAGAAGCGGGGAAUGGAUUACACUCCCUGCAAAAUUGUGUUGAAGUUUGAUUAUUGUAGAAGCAAAGUGUGUUUAGCACAUAACCAUGAAGUUCAGGGGGGGAGCUUUUGGCUAGUCACUGUCUCUUAGCCUAUUCUUCCUCACCAGGGUUUAUACUCUCCCCGAGCACAGAUUUUUGUGUCUCUCCCCCCCCCCCCCAGCAGAGCAUUUCCUAUAGAAGGAAAGGUGAGUGGAGUGACAACAAUUCAUUUUGCUGACCAGGGUCUUCUGCCUGUUCAACAUGUUUACCCAGCAUCAGCUGACCUAGAUGAACAGGUGGUGCAGUUCUGUUGGAGGCAGAUUUUCAUAUCCUUGCCCUGGUGGUCCAGUCCACACAUUAAGGAGCUACGUAGCUAGCUGAGAUUCCUGCUUUGCAGGGGGUUGGACUAGAUGACCCUUGGGACCCUUCCAACUCAAUAAUUCCAUGAUUCAAGGGAAAAAGGAUCAGAGAGAAGAAAAAUCACAGGGCUGUAGAGACGAACGGAUGGCAGACAAAAGCAAGAAGUGAAGUACUGAGAUGGAAAGGAGAGGUUUUAAUCCAAGGCAUUUAUUCAUUCAAUGAUUUUAAAAUCAUUUCUAAGCUGCUUUAUAUUUAAAAAUAACAAACUUAAGGAGUGCAAAAAGACAAUGUGCUGCUGCUGUGAAGAAUGUAUAAAAAUUACAGAAGGUAGGCAAACCCUUCAGAAUAACCCUGUCAAGAAUUCCUGUGUUCAUCAGAAUGUCAUCAUAGCCCUUUCUAGAUGCUCCUGCUUGUCCUUCCUUCAAGACCCCCAUUUCAUAAAUGCUGCCUGUCCAUCAGGUAUGUCUAAAUCUAAUAACUGUUGGCUCUCCUUUGUCUCAUACUAACCCCCACCGGAAACUUAAAAAGACAAGGCAAAUGGUCCCCAUGUCAAUUUCUAUUGCACUGCGAAGAAACCAGCCUUCAGCAAGCACAGACAAUGCUCACCAGCUUGGUCACAGGGCUCAAUACAAGUGCAAUUUCUGUUCAGUGGAUUAAUAAGAAUAAUAAGAAUAAUAAGAAUUUAUACCCCACCCAUCAGGCUGGGCUUCCUCAGCCAUUCUGGGCAGCUCCCAACAGAAUUAAAAGUACAAUAAAACAUCAAACACUAAAAACCUCCCUAAACAGGGAUGCCUUCAAAUGUCUUCUAAAAGUCAGAUAGUUGUUUAUUUCCUUCAAAUGUGAUGGAAGGGCAUUCCACAGGGCGGGUGCCACUGCUGAGAAGGCCCUCUGUCUAGUUCCCUCAUUGAGAGUCAGCAUGUGAACACCCAAGUAUUGAAGGACAGCAGCAAGGUUUCCCUCUUGGCCUUCAGCCAGGUGAUACUUUCCUACUCCGACUGAAUCAAUGACACCAUGAAGCUCAUCCAGAGGCCUGAGGAGAAAUCCCAGAGAGAAAAAUGAUGCACACCCCUUCCUCAGCAUCUCUCUAACUCUGUCCCCGAAGGCAUGAUGAUUAUGUGACUGGCAGGUGGCCAAUCAGGUAACACCUCCGGCAUCAUAAGUGCACGCAUUGGUAGCACAGCAUACCUCAGCCUUGCACUACUAGACGUUUCGCAGAGAGAGAGGACAAACUUAAGCUAUGCAGGCAAAUCCUGAAGUUGGGUUAAAAAGCAAAAGGGUGGAGAGCUUCUUGUUCUCUGGCUCUCGGCAAGCAACCUUGGGUGGGUCUCCCUAACCGGUGGCCUCUGCUUGCUCUACAUGGGCGAUUUGGUGGGUGAGGGAGGACAUACGCGCCUGCAUGGUCUAAGGAGGAUGAGAGGCACCCAUUGCUUAAGGCAGUGGUUCUCAACCAGUGUGCCGUGGCACCCUGAGGUGCCUGGAAUUGUGGUCAGGGGUGCCGCGGGCAACACUGGCCUCUGUCCCUCUUUCCUUCCCUCCCCCCUAUGAUGUCCUCUCACAUUUCUGACUUUCAAAGUCGGGCACAGCUGUUUGUUGCAACCCUAAUACUGUACAAGUGAAAGCUGCCCCUGGGGCUGGCCAUUGGGUGCUGGUAGCCAGGAGGUGAGGCGGCCUUGAAGUAAGCAAGCAAGCGGGCGAGGAGCCAAGCCGGCUAGUCUGCCAGCCAUUGCUGUUGGGAAGGGACAGACAGGUGGGAAGCUGGGCAGGGAGGCAGGCACCAUGCUGGCUUUUAUUGUGCUUGCUGUAUGCAAUGCCUGCCUGGAAGCUGAGUGCCCAGUCCUGAAGGAGAGCCUUUCUUCCAUGCAGGCCUGGCAGGGCCCACUGCUGCCAUUGCUGCUCCCUGGGUAAGAUGCUGGCCUCACUUUCACCCUUGGCCAGUCUCCAUUGGGCCUCCAAGUCUGGGGACAUCUUCUUCCCAGGCCCCCGUGGGGCUGUGUGAGGAGGCACCUCUCUUUAGGGCAGGAAGGGGGCAGCUCUGAGACCAGGAGCAGCAGGGGUGGCCUUUCAGGUGCUAUCGAACUACAUAUUCCAUUCUCACUGAUGAGCCAUUGGUUAUGCUGGCUGGGCUAUGUUGGAAAUGAGUGUGCAACAAGGGUUACUGGUGGUGAAAUAAGGGAGGUUAACAUGAUUAAAUUUGAAAAACCCUUGCUGAUGACUUAAAAAAAAAAUCCUGCUCCUGGGAAGUUUAAGAAGUUUGUCGUUCCAUCUCAAAUUAGUGUUUGAGAUCCAAGGCAUGACUGUACUAGUUGUUGGGAAUGGCAGGGGUGGUGUUUGCAAGCUGCCCCAUAGGCACCUAAUUAGCCACUGUAAGAAAAGAAUGGAGGAAGAGAUGGGCUGCUGGCUGAUCCAAAACAUUAUUCUUAUGUUCUUAUCCUUUCUUUAAGGGUGUUCUGGGUCUGAGCCCAACCAAUAAUUUACUGGCGUGAUGUGGUCAUAGUGCUCCACAUCAUAGUGCUCCAAACCUCUCUGGUAUUAGCUAGUGAUAGAGGAAGCAUAAUGUGACAGAGUUCAGUCACAAUGUCCUCACUAGACCACCACAGGCAAACGGUAAAGCGGAGGAGGAAAUCACUGAAGCAAAUAAUGCCAGCAGAAUUAAUUGAGAAAAAUUAGGAGGAUAAGAAUGUGUAGCAGCUCCGUAUCAACACAGUUGGGUCAUGACUACCAUAUUUGGGGAUGGGACAGAAAGAGCAGGGGAUAAAGUUUUUUUUCCUUGUUCUCCCCCUCUAAAACAAGGUGCGUUCAGUCGCCUUCAGUGAAGGCAACCUGAAGCCUCCGGAGCGUGGCGGGAGUCCCCGCUGCGCUCUGGAGGCUUCAGGCAGCUACCUUGGAAGCUUGGAGAGCAAGAGGGGUCGGUGUGCAUAAAAUGAAUUUUCAAGUCAGACUUUUUGUGCACUUCCCCCCCCCUUUUCUUUAUGGAAGCAAUUAACCCAUCACGGAUUCUUCCUUAAGCUGGGCUUAAAAAGGCAAUGGGCUUGCAGCUACCUUUCACUUUGUAGCGUAGCUGCAAUUUAGCCCAGGUCCCUUUGAAAAUUCACUUGGCUCCUCAUCUUCCCUGGGCGCUUACUUGACAUUGAGAUUGGGAAGGGGGCUUGACAUCAGGAGGGUGUCACUGGCCAUACACUGAAAGAUUGUCAGUGACCUACCCUGCAUGAGGGGAUAUGGGGUGGGCUGCCUGCGUACACGUGUGUCUUGCGGGGGACCCCCAUAUCCCAUUUACACUGAGGAGCCCUAGUUCCCCUGGCUGGGGGGCUGGGAGGGAUACACGCCCAAUGCCUAAGCCAAGGUCUUCCUAUAUUUGAAAGGUUAAUAAAGUUGUGGCCAAAUUUCCAUUCCAUAACACGUUGUCAUGAGUCAUUAUUCCUUUCUGGUUGUCCCUGGGGGCUGGGAAGGUCGCCACCUGGUCACGCAAUGUUUACCCAGCCUAGGGUGACUUAGAUGAACAGGUGGUGCACGUCUAUUGGAGGCAGAUUUUUAUAUCCUUGCCUUGGUGGCCCAUUCCACACAUUUAAGGAGCUACCUAGGUAACUGUGCAGAGGUUAUGGGAUAUGGUGUGGGAUGUAAUACAUCAGUACAGUCAUUUACAACAUGCUUUGCUUCCUAGAGUGGACACUGUCAGGCGGGUGUUUAACUUCCUGUUCCCCCUGUAAGUGACUCAGCCGAUGGGCAUGAUUCUAUAAAAGGGCAAGUCACGCAGUCAUCGUCUCAGUUAACUCUCAGUUCAUUCUCGCAACCAUUUUGUUGUCUGCUGGCUCUCAGCCAGCAGCACUUGGGCCCAUCCUCACAAAGGAUGUAAGCCACGUUCUAUGUUUGCAACCUGAAGCUUAAAGCCUGCCUUCUGGGAUGUGUACUGUGAACAACUUAUGAGUAAACUUAUUGUUAUACUUUUAAAGACAGACUUGUGAGUCUUUAUUAUAUUUUAAGAGGGAGGUUUAAGAGGGACUAUUCAGCUCAUAGUAGCGAGGAAAGGAAGUUCCCCCCACCCCAACGGCUGCUUUAUAUAUAUUAUUUACACAAUUAGCCCCAUGUUAUUGGCUAAUUCUAGGAUUCUCCUGUAGGCCAAUCAGGUUGUGGAUUCACUUCCACCUGGAGUUGGGUUGGGUGGCUCCUGUGGACCAAUCAGACUCCUGCAUUCUGGAUCCUAUUGUUCUAGGACCAAUCAGACUGCUGCAUUCUGAAUCCUAUUGUUCUAGGACCAAUCAGACUGCUGCAUUUUGGAUCCUAUUCAACUAAGUACAUAACAUCUACCAACUAGCUUCCGUGAAUAUAGAGGGGAUUUGCUCUGCUACAUCACUCACUAGCAUAAGUGAAGGAAGGAUACUACUUAACAAAUAUUUCCUUGCCUAUUACAGUGGUACCUCGGGUUAAGUGCUUAAUUUGUUCUGGAGGUCCGUACUUAACCUGAAACUAUUAGCACCACUUUAGCUAAUGGGGCCUCCUGCUGCUGCUGCGCCGCAGGUUCCACGAUUUCUGUUCUCAUCCUGAAGAAAAGUUCUUAACCUGAGGUAAUAUUUCUGGGUUAGCGGAGUCUGUAACCUGAAGCGUAUGUAACCCGAGGUACCACUGUCUCCUAAACAUCCCCACAAGGGGGAUGUUUUUAGCUCUCCUUGGUUUUCUAACCCAGCCUGUGCAGCAACCUGAACAUGGCAAUAACUUCUCUGGAAAGGCUGGGAUGCUGGGUGUCUUCCAUAUAAUGUUGGGAAAUGGACGCUUGCCCCUUCCUCCGAAUGGGUGGCUGUUGCAGAUCCUCGUGCUUGGUCGCCGUCCCCAAGCAGCCAGAACGCAGAUGGUCAGGUAGCCAUCCAAGAGUUCCCCAUGACACCUGGGGAGCUGGCAGGAUAAGAGGCCUGGUCAGCUGAGAGGGGAUGCUUUGCUGCUGAAAGGGCACUAGCAGCCCAUCUGCUAGGGCAGCCACUGAGACAUAAAAGCCAGCAACACCUUCUGCCCUCAAUAAUUUUUUUCUAGAACCUCCGCUAUCUGACUAUGUCCUCAUCCAGCUCAAGUAAGCCUAACGGGCCACAGAUUUUCCUACUCGGGGCCACACGCACAAUGACCCCCGGUCUUCUGUAGAGAUUUGAAAUGUCAGUGAAUCUAACAGAUAAUAAUCAGCACUCCUGCCAAACUGCAAGCCUCCAUGAUUCUCUGGGGAGAAACCAUGACAUUUAAACCUUUGCAGGGAUUGUAACCUGGAUAUAAAAGAGAGAGGAGUUUGAGUUACUGAGGAGGCUUACAGAUUCAUUUUUAAAGCAGUUUUUCUACCACUACUGAUGAAUGUGAAUGUUACAAGACAGGGGCUCCUUUACUCCUUGGGGAACAUGUGUCAUUGAGAGGAGCAAUAUUUCCUGACCAGAAAGCAGAAUGCAGGUAGAUUCUGGGAAAGCCUCAUGUAGUUUCAGAUAAUAUGAUCAACGAGUUGGGAUAAAGUUUGGGGAUGUCUUGCUGCUGUGAAGCUGGUGUGAAAAAUAAAGAAAGGAGGCACAUCCUUCGGAAUAACCCUGCUAUGCUGAAUACAUCAGUUGCUUAAAGCAUGGUGCUGAUACGGCCCAGGUGGAGUUCCCGCCAGCUCCUGCACUUUGAAUUGGCCAAUGAGAGGCCUGCUCAGGUGAGAGGGGAUGCCUCGCUGCUGAAAGGCCAUUGGCUGCCCACCUGCCAGGGCAGAACAGAGCCUGUUCAGUCUACUGCUGCAGUGGUUUUAAGUAAGAAGACAGGCCCAAAGAAACCAGUCUCCUUUCAAACUCCUUGAACGUUAAACAAGAAAGUGGUGGUGCCGGCUGCAGAGAGAACCAAUUCCUUGCAAGUGCAGAACGUACCUUACGUAGCCCUGGUAAAAGUGCCAGUUCCACAUACUGUGUAGGGAUGUUGUACAUGAAUAAGGGGCUCAGACAAACAUUAGCCAAUCGGUGCUCCCUCAACACAAGGCAGCAGAGAAUUAAGGUCACAAUGUUCCUUCUCCAUUUUGCAAAUUCUGCAUCUUGUCCUCUAAAGAAGAUAAGGGAAGAAGAUUAUAUAUUUUGUGUUCUCAUGUUGUACUUUUAUGUUCUGAACUGUCUGUGAUCUGCUAAUGAAGGGUCGUAUACAAAUUAAAUAAUAACAAUAGGCGAACUUCCCCAUAGCUAUUAGGAUUUCCCACAAAUCCCAAUUGCACUCAAGUUUCUGGAAGGACUUUCUGAGAACCUCACAGAAUAGCCUCUUCUUGGAUUGUCUGGGUGGAGCUACUGAUGGGAAUCAUAUCUCACCAAAGUCUCCCAGGAUGCUAUAUAAGCAGGCCUGGUGGCCCACAUGCCAUUCACACUGAAUCCUAAAAUGUGGGCCAAGAUCUUCGUACCACUUGUGGGACUCCUUUGCGGGGCCAGCCUGCCACUGACUUCUUCCCAGGCUGAUACAGGUCACUUUGCUUCUCUUUCCUUCCUCUUUGCAGCCUUCUCAUGCAUCUACCUGAAAUCUGGGCAUCUGGAACCACCCUUAGAAACAGAGCAAUAACAACCCUUGGAUUCUCUUCCUCCAACUUUUCUGCUUAUUUGCCAGCAGUAAACGGGAUAGUCAUUCCCAAGGGACGGAUCCCAUGGUUCCAAAACAAAUACCCUUUUAUUAAGAUUUGUAAUUGCCUGUUUCUGUGUGCUGAGAUCUUUGUAGGUUUAGGGGACAGCAGAGACAUUCUUCUGAUAGGGGCAAAGAAGGCAGGGCUCUCACAAACUAUGUAGCUGAAAUUAUUUAGCUGAGAUUCCUGCAUUAGAGGGGGAGAUUCUAUCAGGGAGGUUCUAUCUAUACAGGGAGCGCAGCUAUCAUCAAGCCUUUAUCAAAGAAUGGUACACUCUGUCUACCUGGGAUAGUCUUCUUCCACCAAGCGUGCAGCUUAGGGAGGGACGCACAUGAAACAGGGGACACCUGCCUAGCCAGCCAGGUCAGUCAGAUCAGCCCUGGCGAUCAAUGGGGUGACAGAUGUCUCAGUCGGAUCACCCUCACAUCCGUCUUGAGACAUCUCCUGGGGCUCCCAAGUUCAAUCAUGUAUGAGACAAUGUGUGCAGAACUAGGUAUACAGAUGAUGGAAUAUUGGGUGUGGGCUAGCACUAUGAAAUACUGGUUGCAUUUCCAUUUUGUUGCCAACCUUUGAGUCUACUCUCUGACCUAUUUACGGACUCAAUCCAGAAGUUCCAACUCUUACAUAGGAAAAUCAGAUCUAUUGGUAUUCAGAUCAGAUCUUCAAACCCUUGUAUAAUUUGAGUGAGCAAUAUAUUUAUUGCAAUAAUCAAAACAGAUUAAGGUAAAUUGGGGGGGAAACAACAUCAAGUCAGGUGAUAAUAAAAUUUGCUCCCCCGAGAUAACAGGGUCACAUAUCUCAAAAUUAAUAAUUUCCCCCGAGAUAGCAGGGUCACAUAUCUCAAAAAUAAUAAUUUCUGUCCAAAGCAGGACCUUUAUCUUAGCCCGACUGAAUGCUUUUCCUUCAGCUUUUGUCAAGGGCAGAUUUUUAAACAUCCCCAGAAAUGAUAGACAUUGUGGAUGUUCUUUGAUUGUGCCGGACACUGUAGAACAUAUCCUUUUCUACUGUCCAUUUUACAACCUGCUACGUAGACGCAUGCUACCUCUCCUUUUUGGGUAGUCUAACAUCACGGCACAAUGAAAAUAUCCGAUUAACCCGGAAUUAACUGCAAGGGGGGCUGAGGUUUUGUUAAUAGUAUCUCUUGGAGUGCUAAAUGGCACUAUUUAGCAGGAAGAAAUCCCAAUGAAAUUCCUCAUCAUUAUAUAUUUUACAUGGCUGUUUAUUUGUAUAUAUUUUAAAUGUUUUAGGAUGCCCUAUAUUUGUAAUGCCUAGAAAGGUUUUGAUGAUGUAAGUAAGUAAGCAUUACAGGGGGUUGGACUAGAUGAGUAUUAGGGUCCCUUCCAAUUCUAGAAUUCUAUGAUUCCACGAAAAGAGAAUAUGCAUGGGAAAGAGGGUCAGAGAGAAGGAAAAUCUCAGGGGUGCAGAGAAGAACAAAUGGCAGACAAAAGCAAGACUGGAAGGAUUGAGAUGAAAAGCAGAGGUUUUAACCCACGACAUUUAUUCAUUGGCUGAUUUUUAAAUCAUUUCUAAGCUGCUUAAAUCUUAAACAGUGCACUAAGCAACAUAAAAACUGUAAAGCAAUAUCAGAAAAACCAUAAAAACAGUAAUAUAAAGUCAUUAAAAAACCAGGAAUUUUAUCUGUCUGUCUGUCUGUCUAUUUUGUUCCCUUAGGUGAAAUAUUGGUGUGCACUCUCUCUGCCUCUGUCCCCGAAGGCAUGAUGAUUAUGUGGCAAGCAGGUGGCCAAUCAGGUAACACCUCCGGCAUCAUAAGUGCAAGCAUUGGUAGCACAUCCUCAAUCAGAGUUGGACUACAACUCCUUUUUUCGGGGAGGUACACCUGUCAAAUUUCCCUCCCUGAGUCCCAAACUGAAGUCAAUGAACCUGCAGGUAAAAACUCUCAACACAGUUGGGACUUAGUUGUCCUUUGAAAAGUAUGGUUUGGGAGUGGGAUGAUUGUUUCCAGAUUGUUUAAGAUCCUCUCAGGGAUUGACCAUUUCAAGACUGCUUCAUUCUUAAUUCAGAAAUUUAUUUCUGCUUUCCAUUAUGGCCUGUUGAGAUAAGACUUUCCCCACCAGUUGCCAUGAUAUUGGUGCUAGUAUUGACUAAAGACACAACUUGAAAUUGCAAUCAGUCCGGUGGAGGUCUGAACAGUAAUUCUCCUCUUAUCUCUGCAGAAAGGUUUUCACCGUUCUUGAACAAUACUAAAUGCAUGUUUUUAUCAGAAAGUAACAAUGGGAGAAGGAAAGGAAAGAAUGUGUACCCUGCAGGGGUCAAGGUGUCUCCCACAAUAAUUUCCACCCCCAUUAAAACCAUUUCCACCUCCAGCCAAGGAUCCUUCUAAGCUUCAUCUACCUGUUGAUCAUGUUUACCCAGCAUAGGGUGACCUAGAUGAACAGAUGGUGCCCUUCUAUUGGAGGCAGAUUUUUAUAUCCUUGCCCUGGUGGCCACGUCCACACAUUUAAGGAGCUCCGUACCUAGUUAGCUGCUGCAGAGAUGGUAUUAUUGGAUAUGGGAUGUUUUUAUCUAUCCUUGGUUUUCAAACCCGGCCUAUACACCGAUACCUUCUCUGGGAAGGCUGGGGUGCUUUUUGUGCUGGGUGCUUUCUUAUACAUGUUGGGGAAAGGAGCUGUGUAAAUAUUCCUGGAAUCUCCACUAUCCCACCGUGUCCUCAUCCAGCUCAAGGAAGCCCCAUGUAUGUGCCACAGAUCUUCCUACUCAGGUCCACACACCCAAGAACUUCAGUUAAAUCCCCUUUGCUCCUUAAAGCUUUCAUUAAGGAUUUACCCCCUCUAUCUACAGAUUAAAAAUCUUUGUCAGAGAAUCCAGCAGAAAAUAAUCAGCACUAAAUGGUGUCAUAAAUGUUGUCCAUCAGUUAUGUCUAAAAUUAAUAGCUGUUGCCUCUCCCUUUCUCUCAUACUUUCCCCACCCCAAAACUUAAAAAGACAAAGGGAAGGGUCUCCAUGAGAACCUCUAUCGCGCCAACCAUAAAGAAAGCAGCCUUCAGCGAGCACAGACAGUCCUCACCGGCAUGGUCAUAGGGCUCAAUGCAAGUGAAGUUUCUGUCCAGUGGGUGAAGAAUGCCCUCCUUGAAGGUCGCCAUGUGAAUCCCCGAGUCUUGAAGGGCAGCAUCAAGGAUUCCCUCUUGGCCAUCAGCCAGGUGGUAGUCCCCUACUCUGACUGGAACAACGGCACUUCAUACUCCUGUACAUUUACCCGCACAGCAGGCACCGUGGAGCCCACCCAGAGGCCUGAGGAGAAAUCCCAGGGUGAAAAGUGAGGCACACCCCUUUCUCAACCUAUCUCAGUUUUCCCUCCUCAGCCUAUCCCAGAUUCAAUAAUAUCCAUGUAAUUAUGUAGCCUAAGGCUGAAUAAAAGUGAGCAAACUCAUAGAUAUCUAAUGAUGUGAUCACUUGAUUGAGGUGGUGGGUGGGUUCUGGAAAGAAGCGGGGAAUGGAUUACACUCCCUGCAAAAUUGUGUUGAAGUUUGAUUAUUGUAGAAGCAAAGUGUGUUUAGCACAUAACCAUGAAGUUCACUGGGGGAGCUUUUGGCUAGUCACUGUCUCUUAGCCUAUUCUUCCUCACCAGGGUUUAUACUCUCCCCGAGCACAGAUUUUUGUGUCUCUCCCCCCCCCCCCAGCAGAGCAUUUCCUAUAGAAGGAAAGGUGAGUGGAGUGACAACAAUUCAUUUUGCUGACCAGGGUCUUCUGCCUGUUCAACAUGUUUACCCAGCAUCAGCUGACCUAGAUGAACAGGUGGUGCAGUUCUGUUGGAGGCAGAUUUUCAUAUCCUUGCCCUGGUGGUCCAGUCCACACAUUAAGGAGCUACGUAGCUAGCUGAGAUUCCUGCUUUGCAGGGGGUUGGACUAGAUGACCCUUGGGACCCUUCCAACUCAAUAAUUCCAUGAUUCAAGGGAAAAAGGAUCAGAGAGAAGAAAAAUCACAGGGCUGUAGAGACGAACGGAUGGCAGACAAAAGCAAGAAGUGAAGUACUGAGAUGGAAAGGAGAGGUUUUAAUCCAAGGCAUUUAUUCAUUCAAUGAUUUUAAAAUCAUUUCUAAGCUGCUUUAUAUUUAAAAAUAACAAACUUAAGGAGUGCAAAAAGACAAUGUGCUGCUGCUGUGAAGAAUGUAUAAAAAUUACAGAAGGUAGGCAAACCCUUCAGAAUAACCCUGUCAAGAAUUCCUGUGUUCAUCAGAAUGUCAUCAUAGCCCUUUCUAGAUGCUCCUGCUUGUCCUUCCUUCAAGACCCCCAUUUCCUAAAUGCUGCCUGUCCAUCAGGUAUGUCUAAAUCUAAUAACUGUUGGCUCUCCUUUGUCUCAUACUAACCCCCACCGGAAACUUAAAAAGACAAGGCAAAUGGUCCCCAUGUCAAUUUCUAUUGCACUGCGAAGAAACCAGCCUUCAGCAAGCACAGACAAUGCUCACCAGCUUGGUCACAGGGCUCAAUACAAGUGCAAUUUCUGUUCAGUGGAUUAAUAAGAAUAAUAAGAAUAAUAAGAAUUUAUACCCCACCCAUCAGGCUGGGCUUCCUCAGCCAUUCUGGGCAGCUCCCAACAGAAUUAAAAGUACAAUAAAACAUCAAACACUAAAAACCUCCCUAAACAGGGAUGCCUUCAAAUGUCUUCUAAAAGUCAGAUAGUUGUUUAUUUCCUUCAAAUGUGAUGGAAGGGCAUUCCACAGGGCGGGUGCCACUGCUGAGAAGGCCCUCUGUCUAGUUCCCUCAUUGAGAGUCAGCAUGUGAACACCCAAGUAUUGAAGGACAGCAGCAAGGUUUCCCUCUUGGCCUUCAGCCAGGUGAUAGUUUCCUACUCUGACUGAAUCAAUGACACCAUGAAGCUCAUCCAGAGGCCUGAGGAGAAAUCCCAGAGAGAAAAAUGAUGCACACCCCUUCCUCAGCAUCUCUCUAACUCUGUCCCCGAAGGCAUGAUGAUUAUGUGACUGGCAGGUGGCCAAUCAGGUAACACCUCCGGCAUCAUAAGUGCACGCAUUGGUAGCACAGCAUACCUCAGCCUUGCACUACUAGACGUUUCGCAGAGAGAGAGGACAAACUUAAGCUAUGCAGGCAAAUCCUGAAGUUGGGUUAAAAAAGCAAAAGGGUGGAGAGCUUCUUGUUCUCUGGCUCUCGGCAAGCAACCUUGGGUGGGUCUCCCUAACCGGUGGCCUCCGCUUGCUCUACAUGGGCGAUUUGGUGGGUGAGGGAGGACAUACGCGCCUGCAUGGUCUAAGGAGGAUGAGAGGCACCCAUUGCUUAAGGCAGUGGUUCUCAACCAGUGUGCCGUGGCACCCUGAGGUGCCUGGAAUUGUGGUCAGGGGUGCCGCGGGCAACACUGGCCUCUGUCCCUCUUUCCUUCCCUCCCCCCUAUGAUGUCCUCUCACAUUUCUGACUUUCAAAGUCGGGCACAGCUGUUUGUUGCAACCCUAAUACUGUACAAGUGAAAGCUGCCCCUGGGGCUGGCCAUUGGGUGCUGGUAGCCAGGAGGUGAGGCGGCCUUGAAGUAAGCAAGCAAGCGGGCGAGGAGCCAAGCCGGCCAGUCUGCCAGCCAUUGCUGUUGGGAAGGGACAGACAGGUGGGAAGCUGGGCAGGGAGGCACCAUGCUGGCUUUUAUUGUGCUUGCUGUAUGCAAUGCCUGCCUGGAAGCUGAGUGCCCAGUCCUGAAGGAGAGCCUUUCUUCCAUGCAGGCCCGGCAGGGCCCACUGCUGCCAUUGCUGCUCCCUGGGUAAGAUGCUGGCCUCACUUUCACCCUUGGGCAGUCUCCAUUGGGCCUCCAAGUCUGGGGACAUCUUCUUCCCAGGCCCCCGUGGGGCUGUGUGAGGAGGCACCUCUCUUUAGGGCAGGAAGGGGGCAGCUCUGAGACCAGGAGCAGCAGGGGUGGCCUUUCAGGUGCUAUCGAACUAUAUAUUCCAUUCUCAUUGAUGAGCCAUUGGUUAUGCUGGCUGGGCUAUGUUGGAAAUGAGUGUGCAACAAGGGUUACUGGUGAUGAACUAAGGGAGGUUAACAUGAUUAAAUUUGAAAAAACCCUUGCUGAUGACUUAAAAAAAACAACCUGCCCCUGGGAAAUUUAAGAAGUUUGUCAUUCCAUCUCAAAUUAGUGUUUGAGAUCCAAGGUAUGACUGUACUAGUUGUUGGGAACGGCAGGGGUGGUGUUUGCACCUAAUUAGCCACUGUAAGAAAAGAAUGGAGGAACAGAUGGGCUGCUGGCUGAUCCAAAACAUUAUUCUUAUGUUCUUAUCCUUUCUUUAAGGGUGUUCUGGGUCUGAGCCCAACCAAUAAUUUACUGACGUGAUGUGGUCAUAGUGCUCCACAUCAUAGUGCUCCAAACCUCUCUGCUAUUAGCUAGUGAUAGAGGAAGCAUAAUGUGACAGAGUUCAGUCACAAUGUCCUCACUAGACCACCACAGGCAAAUGGUAAAGCGGAGGAGGAAAUCACUGAAGCAAAUAAUGCCAGCAGAAUUUAUUCAGAAAAAUUAGGAGGAUAAGAAUGUGUGGCAGCUCCGUAUCAACACAGUGCCCGGUUGGGUCAUGACUACCAUAUUUGGGGAUGGGACAGAAAGAGCAGGGAAUAAAGUUUUUUUCCUUGUUCUCCCCCUCUAAAACAAGGUGCGUUCAGUCGCCUUCAGUGAAGGCAACCUGAAGCCUCCGGAGCGUGGCGGGAGUCCCCGCUGCGCUCUGGAGGCUUCAGGCAGCUACCUUGGAAGCUUGGAGAGCAAGAGGGGUCGGUGUGCAUAAAAUGAAUUUUCAAGUCAGACUUUUUGUGCACUUUCCCCCCUUUUCUUUAUGGAAGCAAUUAACCCAUCACGGAUUGUUCCUUAAGCUGGUCUUAAAGAGGCAAUGGGCUGGCAGCUACCUUUCACUUUGUAGCGUAGCUGCAAUUUAGCCCACGUCCCUUUGAAGAGUCCCUUGGCUCCACAUCUUCCCUGGGCGCUAACUUGACAUUGAGAUUGGGAAGGGGGCUUGACAUCAGGAGGGUGUCACUGGCCAUACACUGAAAGAUUGUCAGUGAACUACCCUGCAUGAGGGGAUGUGGGGUGGGCUGCCUGCGUACACAUGUGUCUUGCGGGGCACCCCCAUAUCCCAUUUACACUGAGGAGCCCUAGUUCCCCUGGCUGGGGGGCUGGGAGGGAUACACGCCCAAUGCCUAAGCCAAGAUCUUCCUAUAUUUGAAAGGUUAAUAAAGUUGUGGCCAAAUUUCCAUUCCAUAACACGUUGUCAUGAGUCAUUAUUCCUUUCUGGUUGUCCCUGGGAAGGUCGCCACCUGGUCACGCAAUGUUUACCCAGCCUAGGGUGACUUAGAUGAACAGGUGGUGCCCUUGUAUUGGAGGCAGAUUUUUAUAUCCUUGCCUUGGUGUCCCAUUCCACACAUUUAAGGAGCUACCUAGGUAACUGUGCAGAGGUUAUGGGAUAUGGUGUGGGAUGUAAUACAUCAGUACAGUCAAUUACAACAUGCUUUGCUUCCUAGAGUGGACAUUGUCAGGCGGGUGUUUAACUUCCUGUUCCCCCUGUAAGUGACUCAGCCGAUGGGCAUGAUUCUAUAAAAGGGCAAGUCACGCAGUCAUCUUGUCUCAGUUAACUCUCAGUUCAUUCUCGCAACCAUUUGGGCCCAUCCUCACAAAGGAUGUAAGCCACAUUCUAUGUUUGCAACCUGAAGCUUAAAGCCUGCCUUCUAGGAUGUGUACUGUGACCAACAUGUGAGUAAACGUAUUGUUAUACUUUUAAAGACAGACUUGUGAGUCUUUAUUGUAUUUUAAGAGGGAGAUUUAAGAGGGACUAUUCAGCUCAUAGUAGCAAGGAAAGGAUGUUCCCCCCAAACGUCUGCUUUAUAUAUAUUAUUUACACAAUUAGCCCCAUGUUAUUGGCUAAUUCUAGGAUUUUCCUGUAGGCCAAUCAGAUUGCGGAUUCACUUCCACCUGGAGUUGGGUUGGGUGGCUCCUGCAGACCAAGCAGACUCCUGCAUUCUGGAUCCUAUUGUUCUAGGACCAAUCAGACUGCUGCAUUUUGGAUCCUAUUCAACUAAGUACAUAACAUCUACCAACUAGCUUCCGUGAAUAUAGAGGGGAUUUGCUCUGCUACAUCACUAACUAGCAUAAGUGAAGGAAGGAUACUACUUAACAAAUAUUUCCUUGCCUUUUACAGUGGUACCUUGGGUUAAGUGCUUAAUUUGUUCUGGAGGUCCGUACUUAACCUGAAACUAUUAGCACCACUUUAGCUAAUGGGGCCUCCUGCUGCUGCUGCGCCGCAGGUUCCACGAUUUCUGUUCUCAUCCUGAAGCAAAGUUCUUAACCUGAGGUAACAUUUCUGGGUUAGCGGAGUCUGUAACCUGAAGCGUAUGUAACCCGAGGUACCACUGUCUCCUAAACAUCACCACAAGGGGGAUGUUUUUAGCUCACCUUGGUUUUCAAACCCAGCCUGUGCAGCAACCUGAACAUGCCAAUACCUUCUCUGGAAAGGCUGGGAUACUGGGUGUCUUCCAUAUAAUGUUGGGAAAUGGACGCUUGCCCCUUCCUCCGAGUGGGUGGCUGUUGCAGAUCCUCAUGCUUGGUCGCCGUCCCCAAGCAGCCAGAACACAGAUGGUCAGGUAGCCAUCCAAGAGUUCCCCAUGACACCUGGGGACCUGGCAGGAUAAGAGGCCUGGUCAGCUGAGAGGGGAUGCUUUGCUGCUGAAAGGGCACUAGCAGCCCAUCUGCCAGGGCAGCCACUGAGACAUAAAAGCCAGCAACACCUUCUGCCCUCAAUAAUUUUUUCUAGAACCUCUGCUAUCUGACUCUGUCCUCAUCCAGCUCAAGUAAGCCUAACGGGCCACAGAUUUUCCUACUUGGGGCUACAUGCACAAUGACCCCCGGUCUUCUGUAGAGAUUUGAAAUGUCAGUGAAUCUAACAGAUAACAAUCAGCACUCCUGCCAAACUGCAAGCCUCCAUGAUUCUCUGGGGAGAAACCAUGACAUUUAAACCUUUGCAGGGAUUGUAACCUGGAUAUAAAAGAGAGAGGCAUUAGAGUUACUGAGGAGGCUUACAGAUUCAUUUUUAAAGCAGUUUUCCUACCACUACUGAUGAAUGUGAAUGUUACAAGACAGGGGCUCCUCUACUCCUUGGGGAACAUGUGUCAUUGAGAGGAGCAAUAUUUCCUGACCAGAAAGCAGAAUGCAGGUAGAUUCUGGGAAAGCCUCAUGUAGUUUCAGAUAAUAUGAUCAACGAGUUGGGAUAAAGUUUGGGGACGUCUUGCUGCUGUGAAGCUGGUGUGAAAAAUAAAGAAAGGAGGCACAUCCUUCGGAAUAACCCUGCCAUGCUGAAUACAUCAGUUGCUUAAAACAUGGUGCUGAUACGGCCCAGAACGUACCUUACGUAGCACUGGUAAUAGUGCCAGUUCCACAUAUAGGGAUGUUGUACAUGAAUAAAGGGCUUUUGUGAUGUCAUGUUGUACUUUAAUGUUCUGAACUGCCUGUGAUCUGCUAAUGAAGGGUGGUAUACAAAUUUAAUAAUAACAAUUAAAUUUUCUCAAUUACACUCAAGCUUCUGGAAGGACUUUCUGAGAACCUCAUAGAAUAGCCUCUUCUUGGAUUGUCUGGGAGGAGCUACUGAUGGGAAACAUACCUCACCGUAGUCUCCCAGGAUGCUAUAUAAGCAGGCCUGGUGGCCCACAUGCCAUUCACACUGAAUCCUAUAAUGUGGGCCAAGAUCUUCUUACCAUUUGUGGGACUCCUUUGCGGGGCCAGCCUGCCACUGACUUCUUCCCAGGCUGUUCCAGGUGAGUUUGCUUCUCUUUCCUUCCUCUUUGCAGCCUUCUCAUGCAUGUACCUGAAAUCUGGGCAUCUGGAACCACUCUUGGAAACAGAGCAAUAACAACCCUUGGAUUCUCUUCCUCCAACUUUUCUGCUUAUUUGCCAGCAGUAAAUGGGAUAGUCAUUUCAAAGUCUUUCCAAAAAUACCCUUUUAUUAAGAUUGGUAAGUGCCUGUUUCUGUGUGCUGAGACCUUUGUAGGUUUAGGGGACAGAAGAGACAUUCCCUGGUGAUCAAUGAGGUGACAGAUGUCUCAGUCGGAUCACCCUCACAUCCGUCUUGAGAAGUCUCCUGGGGCUCCCAAGUUCAAUCAUGUAUGAGACAAUGUGUGCAGAACUAGGUAUACACACGAUGGAAUAUUGGGUGUGGGCUAGCACUAUAAAAUACGGAUUGCAUUUCCAUUUUGUUGCCAACCUUUGAGUCUACUCUCUGACCUACUUACGGACUCUGAUAAAUCCAGAAGUUCCAACUCUUACAUAGGAAAAUCAGAUCUACUGAGACUUGGAAAGAAGCUUUCAUAACUUUUAUCCCAAAGGAAGAUGCGGAUUUAACACAAGUAAAGAAAUACAGGCCGAUUUCAUUGUUGAAUACAGAUUAUAAAAUCUUUGCAGGAAUAAUGGCGAAAAGACUGAAAAAGGUACUACAAGAAAUUAUUCAUGAAGAUCAAGCCGGUUUCCUUCCAGGCAGACAGAUGAAAGACAAUGUUAGGAAUAUAAUUAAUAUCUUGGAAUAUCUGACAGCCAGGAAUGAGAAACAAGCAAUUUUGAUGUUCGUGGAUGCCGAAAAGGCUUUUGAUAAUAUAUCAUGGGACUGCAUGUUAAAAAAUUUAGAACAUAUGGAGAUGGGAAAUGAUUUCUUCAAUGGAAUAAAGGCAAUUUAUACGGAACAAAGAGCAAAAUUGAUUGUGAAUAAUGUAAUUACGGAAGAGGUGAAAAUAUCAAAAGGUACAAGACAGGGAUGUCCACUUUCGCCAUUGCUGUCUAUAAUGGUUCUGGAGGUCUUUUUGAAUUCAAUUAGGAAAAACGAAAUAAUAAAAGGGGUGACAGUAGGUCAAAAUGAAUAUAAAGUUAAAGCCUUUGCUGAUGAUUUGGUAAUAAUGAUGGAAGAUCCGACGAAGAGUGUAACUGAAGUGUUAGAAGAAAUUGAACAAUUUGGUAAAGUGGCAGGAUUUAUAUUAAAUAGGAAAAAAACUAAAGUUAUAGUAAAAAAUAUGGACCAAACCUCGACAGAAGUAUUGCAAUAACAAAUUGGCAUUGAAGUUGCGAAAAAAGUAAAAUAUCUGGGAAUAUGGCUAACUCCAAAAAAUAUUGAUCUGUUUCAGAAUAAUUAUAUACCGGUGUGGAAUGGAAUUAAGAAAGAUUUGGAGGUGUGGGGGAAGACUGAAACUAUCCUUUUGGGGUAGAAUUUCAACGAUUAAGAUGUGUGUACCCUCAAAGAUGUUAUUCCUAUUUCAGAUGAUUCCAAUACUUAAAGGGACAAUGAUUUUCAGAGAGUGGCAAAGAGUGAUUUCAAGAUAUAUCUGGCAGGGCAAAAAGCCGAGAAUUCAAUAUAAGUUACUAACAGAUGCAAGAGAAAGAGGAGGCUUUGCCCUGCCAGACUUGAAACUAUAUUAUGAGGCAUCAUGUCUCUGUUGGCUAAAAGAAUGGAUAAAACUAAAGAAUACAAAAUUGUUGGAUCUAGAAGGAUUUGAUAACAGAUUUGGGUGGCACGCGUAUUUAUGGUUGGAGAAGAAGAAGAGUCAUAAAGCUUUUGAAAACCACAUCUUCCGGAAAUCGUUAAUCGAAGCAUGGGAUAGAUAUAAAAAUUUACUGGAAUCAGGAGUGCCACACUGCUUGUCCCCAUUAGAGGUUAUGUGUGUUAAGAAAAUUAAUAUGAGAGGUAAUUGGAUUACUUAUGGAGAUCUGGUGGUUAAAGAUGGAGAGAAAUGGAGAUUGAAGCCACAUGAACAAGUAAAAGAAUAUGUAUUUGAUUGGUUGCAUUAUUAUCAGAUAAAUGACAUGUUUAAAAAAGAUGUGAAAGAGAAGGGUUAUAUAGAAAAAGACUCAAAAUUCCAAACAGAUAUAGUAAACAAUGAUUGUAAGAUAAUUUCAAAAAUGUAUAAAAUGUUAUUGGAAUGGUAUACGAUGGAUGAGGAAGUUAAGUCGGUAAUGAUUCAUUGGGCCAGAGAUUUUGGGUACAAUAUAUAUUUUGAAGAUUGGGUUAAAGUAUGGAAUGAUAACUUGAAGUUCACAGCAUGUAUUACGCUAAAGGAAAAUGUUAUGAAAAUGGUAUACAGAUGGUACAUUACACCGGUUAAAUUAGCAAAAAUGUUUAAAACUUGUAAUAAGUGUUGGAAAUGUAAAGAGAAAGAAGGAACCUUUAUUCAUAUGUGGUGGGAAUGUAAAAAAGUGAAGGGGUUCUGGGAGAUGAUAUAUAAUGAGUUAAAGAAGAUGUUGAAAUAUAGUUUUGUAAAGAAACCAGAAACCUUCCUUCUAGGAAUAACGAGAAAUGAAAUAAACAAAAAGGACUGUAAACUUUUUCAGUAUGCGAUAACAGCAGCAAGAAUAUUAAUGGCCCAAAAAUGGAAGCAGGAAGAACUACCGACUCUGGAGGAAUGGAGAAUGAAGCUAACGGAUUAUGCAGAACUGGACAAGUUAACCGGGAAAAUUAGAUAUCAACGAGAUCACAAGUUCAUUGAAGACUGGGAAAAAUUUUCAGAGUAUUUGAAGAGUGUAUGUGAUGAGCAAACAACGCUAGUGGGUUUUAAAGAAGCUUUGUGAAAAAAUAUGGAAUAUUGCAAGAAUGCAAAUAAGGCUAUAAAGGUAUUUUUAAGAGGCAAUACUAAAUUUGAGGAAUGCGUAGACAAAAAUUUAAAUACGGAUGAUUGUCAGAGAAGCUGAGGGAAGUCCAAAAGUUGAAAAUAUGUUAUCUGGGAAAUUGUUUAAUUGGAGAUAUUUGUGCAAAAUUUAAUUAAAAAUUAUAUUUUUUUUUAAAAAGGAAAAUCAGAUCUAUUGGUAUUCAAAUCACAUCUUGAAACCCUUGUAUAAUUUGAGUGAGCAAUAUAUUUAUUGCAAUAGUCAAAACAGAUUAAGGUACAUGGGGGGGGGGGGACAACAUCAAGUCAGGUGUAAAUAAAAUUUGCUCCCCCAAGAUAACGGACACAUAUCUCAAAAAUAAUAAUUUCUGUCCAACUCAGGACCUUUAUCUAAGCCCAUUUCUCUUCUUCUGCAGAAGGCAGUUUGACAUGGGUUUUUGCAUUCCCAGACUCCCUCAUAGUUUUCAUCCUACCCCCAAGCCCCAGUUCUCAUCAGCUGCGUGGCAGUCAACUCAGAGAGUAAAGAGGAACAACUGGAAAUGACCUGGUCACGGCAGACAGCAGGAAAUCUAAGCCCUGAGCCACUUGCAUGGAGAGAGGAGGUUAAUAACACCUUCACCGCAUCCAGCUCUGUGAUCGUUUCCGCAAGCGACUGGUUGACAGGGGAGAAUGUUAUCUGCACAGUGCAACUCCCAUCCCUGCCUCAACCGAAAACAAGAGAGACUAGCAAGAAGAAAGGUAAGCGGGAAGCAGGCCUGCUCUCCACCCUGCAACUGGUGUCCCUAAUUUCCCAGCAACCUCCUGAGCAGGAAAGAGAUUACUGAAAAUACAUAUCAACAUAGCACCACUUAGAACAAACACAAUAUACCAAUGUGGGCAGUGAGAUCUGGCAAUGCAAAAAAACGCUAUCCUUCUUUUUCAAACCCAGCCUAGGCACCAAUACCUUCUCUGGGAAGCCUGAGAUGCUUUUUGUGCUGGGCACUUUCUUUAUAUAUGUUGGGGGAAGGAGCUGUGUAAAUAUUCCUGGAAUCUCCACUAUCCCACCGUGUCCUCAUCCAGCUCAAGGAAGCCCCAUGUAUGUGCCACAGAUCUUCUUUCUCAGGUCCACACACACAAGAACUUCAGUUAAACCUCCUUUGCUCCUUAAAGCUUUCAUUAAGGAUUUACCCCCCUCUAUCUACAGAUUAAAAAUCUUUGUCAGAGAAUCUAGCAGAAAAUAAUCAGCACUAAAUAGUGUCAUAAAUGUUGUCCAUCAGUUAUGUCUAAACUUAACAGCUGUUGCCUCUCCCUUUCUCUCAUACUUUCCCCUGCCAUCCAUAAAGAAAGCAGCCUUCAGCGAGCACAGACAAUCCUCACCGGCAUGGUCAUAGGGCUCAAUGCAAGUGAAGUUUCUGUCCAGUGGGUGAAGAAUGCCCUCCUUGAAGGUCACCAUGUGAAUCCCCGAGUCUUGAAGGGCAGCAUCAAGGAUUCUGUCUUGGCCAUCAGCCAGGUGGUAGUCCCCUACUCUGACUGGAACAACGGCACUUCAUACUCCUGUACGUUUACCCGCACAGCAGGCACCAUGGAGCCCACCCAGAGGCCUGAGGAGAAAUCCCAGGGUGAAAAGUGAGGCACAUCCCUUUCUCAACCUAUUCCAGUUUUCCCUCCUCAGCCUAUCCCAAAUUCAAUAAUAUCCAUGUAAUUAUGUAGCCUAAGGCUGAAUAAAAGUGAGCAAACUCAUAGAUAUCUAAUGAUGUGAUCACUUGAUUGAGGUGGUGGGUGGGUUCUGGAAAGAAGCGGGGAAUGGAUUACUCUCCCUGCAAAAUCGUGUUGAAGUUUGAUUAUUGUAGAAGCAAAGUGUGUUUAGCACAUAACCAUGAAGUUCACUGGGGGAGCUUUUGGCUAGUCACUGUCUCUUAGCCUAUCCUUUCUCACCAGGGUUUAGACUCUAACCGAGCACAGAUUUUGUGUCCCCCCCCCACCCCCGCAGAGCAUUUCCUAUAAAAGGAAAGGUGAGUGGAGUGACAACAAUUCAUUUUGCUGACCAGGGUCUUCUGCCUAUUGAUCAUGUUUACCCAGCAUCAGUUGACCUAGAUGAACAGGUGGUGCAGUUCUGUUGGAGGCAGAUUUUCAUAUCCUUGUUCUGGUGGUCCAGUCCACACAUUAGGGAGCUACGUAGCUAGCUGAGAUUCCUGCUUUGCAGGGGGUUGGACUAGAUGACCCUUGGGACCCUUCCAACUCAAUAAUUCCACGAUUCAAGGAAAAGAAAAUAUCCAUGGGAAAGAGGGUGAGAGAGAAGGCAAAUCACAGGGGUGUAGAGACAAAGAGAGAGAGGACAAAGUUAAGCCAUGCAGGCAAAUCCUGAAGUUGGGUUAAAAAGAAAAAGGGUGGGUGCUGGCUCUCGGCAAGCAACCUUGGGUGGGUCUCCCUAACCGGUGGCUUCCGCUUGCUCUACAUGGGCGAUUUGGUGGGUGAGGGAGGACAUACGCGCCUGCAUGGUCUAAGGAGGGUGAGAGGCACCCAUUGCUUAAGGCAGUGGUUCUCAGCCAGUGUGCCGUGGCACCCUGAGGUGCCUGGAAUUGUGGUUAGGGGUGCCGCGGGCAACACUGGCCUCUGUCCCUCUUUCCUUCCCUCCCCCCUAUGAUGUCCUCUCACAUUUCUGACUCUCAAAGUCGGGCACAGCUGUUUGUUGCAACCCUAAUACAAGCCAAAGCUGCCUCUGGGGCUGGCCAUUGGGUGCUGGUAGCCAGGAGGUGAGGCGGCCUUGAAGUAAGCAAGCAAGCGGGCGAGGAGCCAAGCCGGCCAGUCUGCCAGCCAUUGCUGUUGGGAAGGGACAGAGAAGUGGGAAGCUGGGCAGGCAGGCACCAUGCUGGCUUUUAUUGUGCUUGCUGUAUGCAAUGCCUGCCUGGAAGCUGAGUGCCCAGUCCUGAAGGGGAGCUUUUCUUCCAUGCAGGCCCGGCAGGGCCCACUGCUGCCAUUGCUGCUCCCUGGGUAAGAUGCUGGCCUCACUUUCACCCUUGGCCUGUCUCAGUUGGGCCUGCAAGUCUGGGGACAUCUUCUUCCCAGGCCCCCGUGGGGCUGUGUGAGGAGGCACCUCUCUUUAGGGCAGGAAGGGGGCAGCUCUGAGACCAGGAGCAGCAGGGGUGGCCUUUCAGGUGCUAUCGAACUAUAUAUUCCAUUCUCAUUGAUGAGCCAUUGGUUAUGCUGGCUGGGCUAUGUUGGAAAUGAGUGUGCAACAAGGGUUACUGGUGGUGAAAUAAGGGAGGUUAACAUGAAUAAAUUUGAAAAAACCCUUGCUGAUGACUUAAAAAAAACAACCUGCCCCUGGGAAAUUUAAGAAGUUUGUCGUUCCAUCUCAAAUUAGUGUUUGAGAUCCAAGGUAUGACAGUACUAGUUGUUGGGAAUGGCAGGAGUGGUGUUUGCAAGCUGCCCCAUAGGCACCUAAUUAGCCACUGUAAGAAAAUAAUGGAGGAAGAGAUGGACUGCUGGCUGAUCCAAAACAUUAUUCUUAUGUUCUUAUCCUUUCUUUAAGGGUGUUCUGGGUCUGAGCCCAACCAAUAAUUUACUGACGUGAUGUGGUCAUAGUGCUCCACAUCAUAGUGCUCCAAACCUCUCUGGUAUUAGCUAGUGAUAGAGGAAGCAUAAUGUGACAGAGUUCAGUCACAAUGUCCUCACUAGACCACCACAGGCAAACGGUAAAGCGGAGGAGGAAAUCACUGAAGCAAAUAAUGCCAGCAGAAUUUAUUGAGAAAAAUUAGGAGGAUAAGAAUGUGUAGCAGCUCCGUAUCAACACAGUUGGGUCAUGACUACCAUAUUUGGGGAUGGGACAGAAAGAGCAGGGGAUAAAGUUUUUUUCCUUGUUCUCCCCCUCUAAAACAAGGUGCGUUCAGUCGCCUUCAGUGAAGGCAACCUGAAGCCUCCGGAGCGUGGCGGGAGUCCCUGCUGCGCUCUGGAGGCUUCAGGCAGCUACCUUGGAAGCUUGGAGAGCAAGAGGGGUCGGUGUGCAUAAAAUGAAUUUUCAAGUCAGACUUUUUGUGCACUUUCCCCCCUUUUCUUUAUGGAAGCAAUUAACCCAUCACGGAUUCUUCCUUAAGCUGGGCUUAAAAAGGCAAUGGGCUUGCAGCUACCUUUCACUUUGUAGCGUAGCUGCAAUUUAGCCCAGGUCCCUUUGAAAAUUCACUUGGCUCCUCAUCUUCCCUGGGUGCUAACUUGACAUUGAGAUUGGGAAGGGGGCUUGACAUCAGGAGGGUGUCACUGGCCAUACACUGAAAGAUUGUCAGUGAACUACCCUGCAUGAGGGGAUAUGGGGUGGGCUGCCUGCGUACACGUGUGUCUUGCGGGGGACCCCCAUAUCCCAUUUACACUGAGGAGCCCUAGUUCCCCUGGCUGGGGGGCUGGGAGGGAUACACGCCCAAUGCCUAAGCCAAGGUCUUCCUAUAUUUGAAAGGUUAAUAAAGUUGUGGCCAAAUUUCCAUUCCAUAACACGUUGUCAUGAGUCAUUAUUCCUUUCUGGUUGUCCCUGGGAAGGUCGCCACCUGGUCACGCAAUGUUUACCCAGCCUAGGGUGACUUAGAUGAACAGGUGGUGCCCUUGUAUUGGAGGCAGAUUUCUAUAUCCUUGCCUUGGUGGCCCAUUCCACACAUUUAAGGAGCUACCUAGGUAACUGUGCAGAGGUUAUGGGAUAUGGUGUGGGAUGUAAUACAUCAGUACAGUCAAUUACAACAUGCUUUGCUUCCUAGAGUGGACACUGUCAGGCGGGUGUUUAACUUCCUGUUCCCCCUGUAAGUGACUCAGCCGAUGGGCAUGAUUCUAUAAAAGGGCAAGUCACGCAGUCAUCUUGUCUCAGUUAACUCUCAGUUCAUUCUUGCAACCAUUUGGGCCCAUCCUCACAAAGGAUGUAAGCCACGUUGUAUGUUUGCAACCUGAAGCUUAAAGCCUGCCUUCUAGGAUGUGUACUGUGAACAACUUGUGAGUAAACGUAUUGUUAUAAUUUUAAAGACAGACUUGUGAGUCUUUAUUGUAUUUUAAGAGGGAGAUUUAAGAGGGACUAUUCAGCUCAUAGUAGUGAGGAAAGGAUGUUCCCCCCAAAGUCUGCUUUAUAUAUAUUAUUUACACAAUUAGCCCCAUGUUAUUGGCUAAUUCUAGGAUUUUCCUGUAGGCCAAUCAGAUUGCGGAUUCAUUUCCACCUGGAGUUGGGUUCGGUGGCUCCUGCAGACCAAUCAGACUCCUGCAUUCUGGAUCCUAUUGUUCUAGGACCAAUCAGACUGCUGCAUUUUGGAUCCUAUUCAAUUAAGUACAUAACAUCUGCCAACUAGCUUCCGUGAAUAUAGAGGGGAUUUGCUCUGCUACAUCACUCACUAGCAUAAGUGAAGGAAGGAUACUACUUAACAAAUAUUUCCUUGCCUAUUACAGUGGUACCUCGGGUUAAGUGCUUAAUUUGUUCUGGAGGUCCGUACUUAACCUGAAACUAUUAGCACCACUUUAGCUAAUGGGGCCUCCUGCUGCUGCUGCGCCGCAUGUUCCACGAUUUCUGUUCUCAUCCUGAAGCAAAGUUCUUAACCUGAGGUAAUAUUUCUGGGUUAGCGGAGUCUGUAACCUGAAGCGUAUGUAACCCGAGGUACCACUGUCUCCUAAACAUCCCCACAAGGGGGAUGUUUUUAGCUAUCCUUGGUUUUCAAACCCAGCCUGUGCAGCAACCUGAACAUGCCAAUAACUUCUCUGGAAAGGCUGGGAUGCUGGGUGUCUUCCAUGUAAUGUUGGGAAAUGGACGCUUGCCCCUUCCUCCGAGUGGGUGGCUGUUGCAGAUCCUCGUGCUUGGUCGCCGUCCCCAAGCAGCCAGAACGCAGAUGGUCAGGUAGCCAUCCAAGAGUUCCCCAUGACACCUGGGGAGCUGGCAGGAUAAGAGGCCUGCUUGGGUGAGAGGGGAUGCUUUGCUGCUGAAAGGGCACUAGCAGCCCACCUGCCAGGGCAGCCACUGAGACAUAAAAUCCAGCAACAACUUUUGCCCUCAAUAUUUUUUUUCCAGAACCUCUGCUAUCUGACUGUGUCCUCAUCCAGCUCAAGUAAGCCUAACGGGCCACAGAUUUUCCCACUUGGGGACACACGCACAAUGACCCCCGGUCUUCUGUAGAGAUUUGAAAUGUCAGAGAUGUGUAGGUAUGUUGUACAUGAAUAAGGGGCUCAGACAAACAUUAGCCAAUCACUGCUCCCUCAACACAAGGCAGCAGAGAAUUAAGGUCACAAUGUUCCUUCUCCAUUUUGCGAAUUCUGCAUCUGAAACUGACACGGGGACAAACAGAAGAAGACACCUUUAUCCCGGUAUGCCUCCCCUUUAUCAUAUACACAGCCCAACAAGACAAUGACAAUAACCCACCAACAGCAUACAAAUCAAUAUGGCUAACCUGAUCCAAAACACCCACCCACCCCAUUCACACACCAAAACAAAGAUCACCACAGCCAAUCACAAAUAACCACACCAUAGGCCAACCCCAACCUCUCUCACCACCAAUGAAACACAAAUAAACAGCAGAGAACCAGCACCAGCAACGCUGACACGAAACCCUACAUACAUUAAGCAAAAUAGAAACAUCGCCACACGACCCCACCCCCACCCAUCUUUCACCCCCUCCACCCCCUCCACCCCACUAAUAUCUCAACAAAUGAAACUGAUUUGUAAAAAUGUUACAUGGAAAAAAUACAAGAGACAUUACACAUACUUCUGUAAAACAAGAAAAUCUUUAAUUAAAAAAAAAGAAGUUGCACACCAAAAAAAAUAAAAAUAAAGAAGAUAAGGGAAGAAGAUUAUAUAUUUUGUGUUCUCAUGUUGUACUUUUAUGUUCUGAACUGUCUGUGAUCUGCUAAUGAAGGGUGGUAUACAAAUUAAAUAAUAACAAUAGGCAAACUUCCCCAUAGCUAUUAGGAUUUCCCACAAACCCUAAUUACACUCAAGUUUCUGGAAGGACUUUCUGAGAACCUCACAGAAUAGCCUCUUCUUGGAUUGUCUGGGUGGAGCUACUGAUGGGAAACAUAUCUCACCGUAGUCUCCCAGGAUGCUAUAUAAGCAGGCCUGAUGGCCCACAUGCCAUUCACACUGAAUCCUAAAAUGUGGGCCAAGAUCUUCUUACCAGUUGUGGGACUCCUUUGCGGGGCCAGCCUGCCACUGACUUCUUCCCAGGCAGCUCCAGGUGAGUUUGCUUCUCUUUCCUUCCUCUUUGCAGCCUUCUCAUGCAUGUACCUGAAAUCUGGGCAUCUCGAACCACCCUUAGAAACAGAGCAAUAACAACCCUUGGAUUCUCUUCCUCCAACUUUUCUGCUUAUUUGCCAGCAGUAAACGGGAUAGUCAUUCCAAAGGGACGGAUCCCAUGGUUCCAAAACAAAUACCCUUUUAUUAAGAUUUGUAAGUGCCUGUUUCUGUGUGCUGAGAUCUUUGUAGGUUUAGGGGACAGAAGAGACAUUCUUCUGAUAGGGGCAAAGAAGGCAGGGCUCUCACAAACUAUGUAGCUGAAAUUAUUUAGCUGAGAUUCCUGCAUUACAGGGGGAGGUUCUAUCUAUACAGGGAGCGCAGCUAUCAUCAAGCCUUGACCGAAGAACGGUACACUCCUAUCUGGGAUGGUCUUCCUCUUCCACCGAGCGUGCAGCUUAGAGAGGGACACACAUGAAACAGGGAGACACCUGCCUAGCCAGCCAGGUCAGUCAGAUCAGCCCUGGCGAUCAAUGGGGUGACAGAUGUCUUUGUUAAUAGUAUCUCUUGGAGUGCUAAAUGGCACUAUUUAGCAGGAAUAAAUCCCAAAUAAAUUCCUCAUCAUUAUAUAUUUUACAUGGCUGUUUAUAUGUAUAUAUUUUAAAUGUUUUAGGAUGCCCUAUAUUUGUAAUGCCUAGAAAAGUUUUGAUGAAGUAAGUAAGUAAGCAUUACAGGGGGUUGGACUAGAUGAGCAUUGGGGUCCCUUCCAAUUCUGGAAUUCUAUGAUUCCACGAAAAGAGAAUAUGCAUGGGAAAGAGGGUCAGAGAGAAGGAAAAUCACAGGGGUGUAGAGAAGAACAGAUGGCAGACAAAAGCAAGACUGGAAGGAUUGAGAUGAAAAGCAGAGGUUUUAACCUACGGCAUUUAUUCAUUUGCUGAUUUUUAAAUCAUUUCUAAGCUGCUUAAAUCUUAAACAGUGCACUAAGCAACAUAAAAACUGUAAAGCAAUAUCAGAAAAACCAUAAAAACAGUAAUAUAAAGUCAUUAAAAAACCAGGAAUUUCAUCUGUCUGUCUGUCUGUCUAUCUAUUUUGUUCCCUUAGGUGCAAUAUUGGUGUGGCUCUGUCCCCGAAGGAAUGAUGAUUAUGUGGCAGGCAGGUGGCCAAUCAGGUAACACCUCCGGCAUAAUAAGUGCACGCACUGGUAGCACAGCAUACCUCAGCGUUGCACAACUAGAGGUUUCGCAGGUGGGAGGGGGCAAAGAGAGAGAGGACAAAGUUAAGCCACGCAGGCAAAUCCUGAAGUUGCGUUAAAAAGAAAAAGGGUGGAGAGUUUCCUUGUUCUCUGGCUCUUGGCAAGCAACCUUGGGUGGGUCUUCCUAACCGGUGGCCUCCGCUUGCUCUACAUGGGCGAUUUGGUGGGUGGGGGAGGACACACACGCCUGCAUGGUCUAAGGAGGGUGAGAGGCACCCAUUGCUUAAGGCAGUGGUUCUCAACCAGUGUGCCCUGGCACCCUGAGGUGCCCUGGAUUGUGGUCAGGGGUGCCGCGGGCAACACUGGCCUCUGUCCCUCUUUCCUUCUCUCCCCCCUAUGAUGUCCUCUCACAUUUCUGACUCUCAAAGGCUUGCACAGCUGUUUGUUGCAACCCUAGUACAAGCGAAAGCUGCCCCUGGGGCUGGCCAUUGGGUGCUGGUAGCCAGGAGGUGAGGCGGCCUUGAAGUAAGCAAGCAAGCGGGCGAGGAGCCAAGCUGGCCAGUCUGCCAGCCAUUGCUGUUGGGAAGGGACAGACAGGUGGGAAGGUGGGCAGGCAGGCAGGCACCAUGCUGGCUUUUAUUGUGCUUGCUGUAUGCAAUGCCUGCCUGGAAGCUGAGUGGCCAGUCCUGAAGGAGAGCCUUUCUUCCAUGCAGGCCCGGCAGGGCCCACUGCUGCCAUUGCUGCUCCCUGGGUAAGAUGCUUCGCCAGUCUCCGUUGGGCCACCAAGUCUGGGGACAUCUUCUUCCCAGGCCCCCGUGGGGCUGUGUGAGGAGGCACCUCUCUUUAGGGCAGGAAGGGGGCAGCUCUGAGACCAGGAGCGGCAGCAGCAGCACCCGGAGUUCUCCCAAGGAGAGGAGAUGGGAGAGGAGGCUGAGGGAACCCUCCACCAGGGAGGGUGUGUGGAAAAGGGUGAGAAGCUGCCAGCUCUGCAGGCAAGGGUGACAUAAAUGGGCUUCUGAGCCCCACACGGGUGCCACAGAAAGAAUGUAGUUGGUCAAGGGAGCCAUGGACUCAAAAAAGGUGAAAACCUCUGGCUUAAAGAGAAGGCUCAAAGAAGGAGAGGGUGGAUGUGUAGGGAAACCGCAUGAGACACAGUGUCUCUUCAUCAGACAGUUCGUUUUCUCUUUCUCUCUCCUCUUCUGCUUCCUUUAGCCAGCAACGGUGUGUAAAAAGUAAGCAAAUGCUCAGGUUUUAAUGCAUAAAUGGGAAUUUUUUCUGGGUAAACGUAGGAAUGUGUUGCGUCUUUAAAGCAUCCCGAGGCUCUUUGUUGAUGCUGCAAACAGGGCGACUUCUCUGGAAAUAAAUGGCGCAGUACAUUAUUACUGACUUAAGUGCAAAUUUAAGAUACCAGAAAAUGCAAAGGAAGAGAAUGUGCCUUGAUUUUUAUUAGUCCCCUCAUUGCUUUCCUUUUUGUGAAGGGCUUGGAGAACAGGUUGGGGUUUUUAAUUGCCGGUAAACCUGGUGUACAUGCGAGACGUUUACCCUUUUCUUGUACAUGCAAGUCUUGUGACCAGUGUCUGAUGAUCAUUGUGACUUGGCAUCUGGCAAAGAAUGGGAUGAUCCUUGGACUGUUCAUUGCCUUUUGCUCUGCUGCAUGCUAACUCUGCUAGAUUGAUAUCAAAUAUUAAUAAAGAAAUAUUUGUUUUGGAACCAAGGGAUCUUUCCCUUGGAAAUGACUAUCCCAAUCUUCUAUAGAGGACAAGAUGCAGAAUUAGCAAAACAGAGAAGGAACACUCUGACCUUACACCUCCCCUGCCUUGUGACUAGACUCAUUUGUGAGAAAGGAAUAACAUACAUGUCAACUGUCCUGAAUUUUCUGAGGCUGCCUUGAAAGCAAUUAAAUAAAAAAACAUGAUGUGUAUACAUAAGCUAAAGCAAAAUAACAAGAUGUACACGGAAAGGCUGAUUUGAAAAUUUAAUUUAUGGGAAUGGCAGUGUAUUCAGCAUCAAAUGUUAUUGAGCAAAAGAUAGAUGGAGUAGCUUGCCUAUAGCACGUCUUUCCAACAUAAGUAGUAUCAAAAAUACUCCAAAAACUACUAUUGCCAUAAUCAGAUCACUUGAAAUGAUAAAUAAUUGUUGUUCACCAAUCUUAUUAUCUAACGAGCCUCACUGAAAAAAUAUUUUCUGGUGCCCUGAUUGUAUAUUGAACAGACAGCAGUAAUUUUUUGUGUUUGGCUUUUGUCAGGUCUGCAGGCAUGCACGGAAGUUUCUGAUAAGAAUUAAUGAGCCUCUGACAGGUUUAUAGUCCAUUUAUUUACAAUAACACAGAGAGAGUGGCAUCAAGCCAACUUCUGUCAAGACAUCAGUUGCUCAGUCUGAAUCUCCUGCCCUUCCGCAACAGGAUGCGCCAGUUCCCCAUCAUCCUGCCCCUGUGCUUCCCUUGCUCCUUAACCCUUUCCUGCCUCCUAAUCCGGGGGAAGGAGCAGCAUCACCGCUGCUCUCAAAGGCAGAGCCUUCCAGACGCUCCCUCCCUCCUGGUUACCUGGCAAAGUUAUCAGGGCUGUCUAUUUCCCUCCACCUCCAACUGUGAUACUUCUGAAUCUGCUAUUCUCCCUGUUACUGGGAAUCUUGAAGGAAGGGGCCCCCAGUUCUUCUCUUCCUCCUCUGUUAAAGGCUGCUCUGUCUGGGACUGUCUUUCCUCCUGGUCAGAGUCAGACCAGUCUCUGGCAUCCAACGCUGGCCAGCCCCUGACAGCUUUACAGCAAUACAAUGAGGAAGGAAGUAUUUGGAUACGGGUGUUUCAUGCUAGCUACUCCAUGUUUUUGCUCAUUAGCAUUUGUUGCUGAAUACACUACUAUUCACAUAAAAUGAAUUUUCAAGUCAGACUUUUUGUGCACUUCCCCCGCUUUUCUCUAUGGAAGCAAUUAACCCAUCACAGAUUGUUCCUUAAGCUGGGCUUAAAAAGGCAAUGGGCUUGCAGCUACCUUUCACUUUGUAGUGUAGCUGCAAUUUAGCCCACGUCCCUUUGAAGAGUCACUUGGCUCCCCAUCUUCCCUGGGCGCUUACUUGACAUUGAGAUUGGGAAGGGGGCUUGACAUCAGGAGGGUGUCACUGGCCAUACACUGAAAGAUUGUCAGUGAACUACCCUGCAUGAGGGGAUAUGGGGUGGGCUGCCUGCGUACACAUGUGUCUUGUGGGGCACCCCCAUAUCCCAUUUACACUGAGGAGCCCUAGUUCCCCCAGCUGGGGGGCUGGGAGGGAUACACGCACAAUGCCUAAGCCAAGUUCUUCCUAUAUUUGAAAGGUUAAUAAAGUUGUGGCCAAAUUUCCAUUCCAUAACACGUUGUCAUGAGUCAUUAUUCCUUUCUGGUUGUCCCUGGGGGCUGGGAAGGUCACCACCUGGUCACGCAAUGUUUACCCAGCCUAGGGAGACUUAGAUGAACAGGUGGUGCCCUUCUAUUGGAGGCAGAUUUUUAUAUCCUUGCCUUGGUGGCCCAUUCCACACAUUUAAGGAGCUACCUAGGUAACUGUGCAGAGGUUAUGGGAUAUGGUGUGGGAUGUAAUACAUCAGUACAGUCAAUUACAACAUGCUUUGCUUCCUAGAGUGGACACUGUCAGACGGGUGUUUAACUUCCUGUUGCCCCUGUAAGUGACUCAGCCGAUGGGCAUGAUUCUAUAAAAGGGCAGGUCAUGCAGUCAUCUUGUCUCAGUUAACUCUCAGUUCAUUCUCGCAACCAUUUGGGCCCAUCCUCACAAAGGAUGUAAGCCACGUUCUAUGUUUGCAACCUGAAGCUUAAAGCCUGCCUUCUAGGAUGUGUACUGUGAACAACUUGUGAGUAAACUAAUUGCUAUACUUUUAAAGACAGACUUGUGAGUCUUUAUUGUAUUUUAAUAGGGAGAAAAGGGGACACCAGGAAUAAACCAUCUAGGUAAGUCAGAUUGGAUUAGUCAUCUUGUAGAGAUUCAAACAAAUCUACUGAAAUAUACUCGGAGUCGAGUGUGGAUUUCAUGCUCUUUCUUCAGCUCAUAGUAGCAAGGAAUGGAAGUUCCCCCCAAACGUCUGCUUUAUAUAUAUUAUUUACACAAUGGAGCCCACGUGAUUGGCUAAUUCCGGGAUUCUCCUGUAGGCCAAUCAGGUUGCAGAUUCACUUCCACCUGGAGCUAGAUUGGGUGGCUCCUGCAGACCAAUCAGACUGCUGCAUCCUAUUGUUCUAGGACCAAUCAGACUGCUGCAUUCUUAAUCCUAUUCAACUCAGUACAUAACAUCUACCAACUAGCUUCUGUGAAUAUAGAGGGAAUUUGCUCUGCUACAUCACUCACUAGCGUGAGUGAAGGAAGGAUACUACUUAACAAAUAUUUCCUUGCCUAUUACAGUGGUACCUCAGGUUAAGUACUUAAUUCGUUCCGGAGGUUCGUACUUAACGUGAAGCACAACUUUAGCUAAUGGGGUCUCCUGCUGCUGCUGCUGCGCUGGCGCUGCACAAUUUCUGUUCUCAUCCUGAAGCAAAGUUCUUAACCUCAGGUAAUAUUUCUGGGUUAGUGGAGUCUGUAACCUGAAGCGUAUGUAACCCGAGGUACCACUGUAUCCUAAACAUCCCCACAAGGGAUGAGAGAGGAGAGAGAACUAGACUCCCUAGAAAUCAUCAAAACAAUGAUCAACAUUCUACACUCUAAACAACGUUUCUAUGAAUAUGGAGGGGAAAACUCCAGAUUACUAGCAAAUAGAUGUAGGAAAAAAGCACUCAAAACAAGAAUACACUGCAUCACCAAAACAGAUGACAAUAUAACAUUCUCCCCCAAAGAAAUAACGUCAGAAUUUGCAGAAUUCUACUCCAACCUAUACACCUGUCAGGGAACUGCCAUCGGACGGAAGGGAGGUGAAAGGGCUCACACAGGUUGGGAGAGACUCAGCAGCUGAAGAGGGAACCAGUAGGGGGAGAGGAGCUGAGCGGAGGGAAAGUGAGCUGGAGGGAUGGCUCAGAGACACUUCCAGCGAAAACAGUGGGGAGGUUUCAGGACCUCCUGUAGGGACACCCACUCCUCGCCGGAAACUGACACGCAGAGAGUCCAGAAGACGUGUUUCCGUUAAGGAGCUUUUAUGUUGGAAGCGAUUCCGAAAGCAACCACUGUCGGAAUCUGCUAGUGACUAGAGGAGCCAUGUCUGAGGGGCUCCGUCACAGACAGAGGUUUGUGGACUUGAACAAACUCUGAGGGGAUACGAUUUUACGCACAAGCAGCUCAUCAUCCCAUCACAGCAUUCCGACAGUCUUUGAAAGCAGCUUGUGCAGGAGAAGGCAUCAUGAGCAACCCAGCCGGAACCGGAGAAGCAGGAGCUGGAGCGGGUCCAAGCCUGGAAGAAAGGUACCGGGUGUUGGAGGUCCAGCUAGCGAUGCAGACGGCGAGGCUUGAGGAGAGGAGGGCUCAGGAUGCAGACAAAAGGGAAAGCCACCCAGCUCGCCAGAAAGGUACCAGGAUUGGUGCAGAAGUUUGGGGGGGAGCCCAAAGACUAUCAUGGCUUUCGGACAGAGAUGCAAUAUGCCCUCAAUCUGCAGUUUGAUGAAUUCCCUGACGAGGAAUCACGAGUGGCUUUCGUGAUUGAGCAUCUUGAAAAGGGGGCGAGAGACUGGGUUAGACCCUGAUGGCAGCGAAUAGUGACGUCCUAAAGGACACGAUGAAGUUCUUUCGCGCCAUGGAUCUGAUGUUUUCCAGCGAUAUUGAACAGGGAGUGGUGCGCAGACAGUUAAUGGCUUGCAAACAGGGGAGCCGAUCUGUCCGUGAGUACUGGACUGAGUUCACCAUGCUGGUUCACAGAUUGGGGUGGGACUUAUCGGCGGAACCCAUUCAAAUGCUCUUUGAAGAAGGGCUUUCUUCGGCUGUGAAAGACGAACUUUCCCGGGCGCCCAGGGCGGAGUCUAUGGACCAGCUGACCAAAUCAGCGCUGACCAUAGGAGCGCGCCAGGAGGCGAGAGCAUUGGAGAGGCGGGAAGGGAAAGGGGAACGUUGGAAGGAGUUCCGCAUUCCAGACAUUCCAGAGCCAACUUUCCCGCCGGCAGAGCCGAUGGAAAUCGGAACAGCGCGCGCGCGCAGUUUCAAAGCCCAGUGAGGGGGAAAGAAGGAGGGAAAAGGCGCCCGGAAAUGCUAUCUCUGCCAACAGCCAGGUCACUUUGCCAGAGUCUGCCCCCAGAGGAAGGAAUGGCAAGGGAUGGUAGGAGCUGUGGAGGGAAGAGAGGAAGAAAUACCGGAGCAAGUAAAGCCAACGCCUGGCUGCCACUGUCGGGGCACAGCAGCCAGGCCAAAGAGCAGUGAGAGUGCCCACGCCAGAACCUCCUAAACCCGCCCUAGUGAUAGAAGUGACGCUAGAGCUGCCAAACGGACACCCUCUAAAGAUAAAGGCGCUGUUGGACUCAGGCAGCUCCUGCAAUUUCAUGAGCAAAGAGUUUGCAGCUGAACACCAGAUACAGACGAUCCCUUUAAGCAACCCCUGCAGGUGACCACGAUCGAUGGCAGGGAGCUGUUGGGAGGAGAAGUCAGCUUGCAGACCGUCCCAAUGAUAAUGAAGGUAGCAAGGCACACCGAACUGAUAGCUUUUAAUGUGGCCACCUUGGGAGGAGCUCCCAUUAUAUUGGGGAUGAGCUGGCUAGCGUUACAUGAUCCGCUGGUGGGCUGGCAUCAGAGAGUGGCUUCUUUUGGUUCAGCACAUUGCUUAGAACACUGCAAAGAGGGAAAGGGUUUGGCAGGGGCCCAAGCCACCCUAGCAGGGACUGAAGUAACGGAGAACGUGAAGGUACCACGACAAUAUGCAGAUCUCCGUGACGUCUUCAGCGAAAGGGAAGCUGACCAACUACCCCCGCAUAGACCCUUUGACUGUCAAAUCAAUUUACUCCCUGGGGCACAGCUCCCUGUAGGCAAGCUGUACGCCAUGUCAGACAGAGAGAUGCAGGAGCUAAGAGAGUUCAUUGACAAGAACCUGAAGAGAGGGUUCAUCAGAGAGUCCAGGGCGGUGGGGGCAGCCCAGUGUUUUUGUGGAUAAAAACACGAACAAGCCGAGGCUGGUGUGUGACUUCAGGGCCUUAAAUGCAGUGUCAGAACCAGUGGCCUUCCCUAUGCCCAGGAUUGACGACAUUUUGACAAGGGUGCGGAAGGGAAAGAUUUUCACAAAGCUGGACCUAAGGGGGGCGUACAACCUGAUACGAAUGAGGAAGGGUGAUGAAUGGAAAACCACCAUGUUCACCCCUUUAGGGGCAUUUGAAUAUUUGGUUAUGCCCUUCGGCCUCCAAGCAGGCUCCGCAUGCUUUCAAUCGUUUAUGAACCACGUCCUGGGGCCUUUGCUUUACAAGAAUUGUGUGGCCUUCUUAGACGACGUGUUGGUGUAUUCUGAGAAUGAGGAGCAGCAUGUGAGAGACGUCAGAGAAGUGUUGAGCAGGCUGCAAGCCAACCAGCUGUGGGUGAAACUGGAGAAGUGUCAGUUUCAUACCAAGGAGGUGGAAUUCCUGGGGUAUCGCCUGUCAGACAAGGGAUUGGCCAUGGAUCCCGGCAAGGUCCAGGCGGUGCUGGAAUGGAAAACACCCAAAACAAGGAAGGAUGUGCAGAGGUUCCUAGGAUUUGGGAACUUCUAUCGUAAGUUCAUCCGAAACUUUGCCCACCUGACGGCGCCCAUUACGGACUGUCUCAGCAGUAAGAAGAAGUUCGUUUGGACUGAGGAGGCGGAGCGAGCAUUUGAGGAACCUUCGCCUCGGAACAACAACUCCUGCAUGUGGAUUUACAAAAACCGAUGAGAGUGGAAACUGACGCAUCAGACAGAGCGAUUGGGGCGGUGCUUCUGCAGCCAGGGAAGGAGGAGUCAGAGUGGAGACCGUGUGCCUUUUUUUUGCGAAAGCUGAACAAAUCCGAGAGGAACUACACGGUGUAUGACCGAGAACUACUAGCCAUUCAUGAGGCGUUCCGGAGAUGGAGGCACCUGCUAAUUGGCGCACAACAUAAGGUGCAAGUGUGCACUGACCACAAGAACCUAGAGUAUUGGAGGACGGCACGAGUGCUCAACCAACGGCAAGUGAGAUGGGCCCAGGAGUUCUCCAAAUUUAACUUUGAGAUUUGUUACGUGCCAGGCCCAGAGAACAUUAGGGCGGACGCUCUCUCACGCAAACCUGAAUAUUUGGAGGGUGAGGGAGCACCCGAAGAGAGACAUGUCAUUCCAGAGGACCGCUGGGUGUGUGGGGCGGCAUUGGUGGGACAAAGAGAACUGGUAGAGGAAACAGAGAAUGAUGAAUACGCCCAGAAUAAGCUCAGAGGUCUUAGGGGUGAGGGAGAGGAACCAGGGGUUUCGAGGAAAGAAAUGGAGCUUUGUAUUACAAAGGGGCACUGUAUAUCCCUGAAGGAGACUUAAGGGGGGGGUACUCAAGCAGUUGCACGACAGCCCUACGGCGGGGCAUUUUGGACAACACAAAACCAUGUGGUUGGUCACCAGGGAAUUUUGGUGGCCCAAGGUGAGGGAAGAUGUACGUGAGUAUGUAAGAGGGUGCGAGCAAUGCCAGCGAGCCAAAGGGGAAAGGCGGGCGCCGGCGGGGCUAUUAGAACCCUUACCAACCCCAGAACGACCUUGGGAGGCAGUGUCGAUAGAUUUUAUGACUGAUCUGCCGAAGUCCAAAGGGAAAACAGCCAUCAUGGUGGUGGUGGACCUACUAACAAAGAUGUGCCACUUUGUAGCUUGCUCGCAUGCAGUCACGGCGGAAGAGACAGCGAAGUUAUUUGUAGAACACAUUUUUAGGUUGCACGGGGUGCCAUUGAGGGUGGUCUCAGACCGAGGAAAACAAUUUACUUCCAGGUUCUGGAGGAAGCUCAUGAGCUUACUGCAGGUGGAGGUCAAUUCUUCGACUGCCCGGCACCCUGAAACCAACGGGCAGGCGGAAAGAGCAAACGGUGUCCUCCAGCAAUACCUGAGGUGUUAUGUCAAUGACAGAGAGAAUGACUGGGUAGAAAAGUUGGCGCUGGCGGAAUUUGCCUACAACAAUGCCGAGAAUGUGUCCACAGGGAUGAGCCCCUUCUUGGCUAAUUAUGGGUGUCAUCCCAGGGCUUUCCCAGGGGGAGAUGGGGAGAGAUGGAGCGUCCCGGCAGCCGAGCAUUUUGUAGAAGAAAUGGAAGCAAUCCAUUGUCAGCUCCAACUCAACUUAGAAAGGGCGAAGGAAGAAUACAAGAGGCAAGCAGACAAGAACCGAAGGGAAGGCGAAACCAUAAGGGUGGGAGAUAGGGUGUGGCUGUCAACCCAAGGGUUGCCGUUCAAAGGAGGUUGUAAGAAAUUAAGACCCAGGAGGUUGGGUCCCUUUGAGGUCAUUCAACAGGUCAACCCAGUGGCUUUCAGGCUCCGGUUACCCAACCACAUGAAACUGCACCCAGUAUUUCACAGGUCGUUACUGUCACCGUACGAAGGGGGACGAGAAGGGAUGGCCACUCGGGGACCGGUCAUAGAAGAAAGAGAAUGCAGCAGCCAUGUGGCAGAAAUCCUCGACGCCAGGUGGAAGGGGAAUCAGGUGGAGUAUUUGGUAGCGUGGGAAGGAGAACCGGAGUCAGAAAACACUUGGGUAAUGGCCGAAGAUAUCAAUGACGAGGUAUUGAUAGAAACGUUCCAUCAAAGGUUCCCAAGGAAACCUCAGCCUGUGGAGAGGUUCCGGAGGGAAUACUUUGGGACCACUGAUGAGGAGGAGGAGUUGGAAGGCUUCCCGGACUCGGAAGGGGAAGGGAGAUGGACUCUGAGGAGGAGGAGUACUUGAGACCAGGAACCGCAACAGGUGGAGAGAAGUGUUCGAGACAUCGGAAGAUGAAGGAAGUUCAUUCCGGGUUUUGCCUCCUCACCGCCCGUAGAGGAGGGGCGAGAGGGGGUGAAGGGGGCCCUGGAGGGGAGGUGGAUGUCAGGGAACUGCCAUCGGACGGAAGGGAGGUGAAAGGGCUCACACAGGUUGGGAGAGACUCAGCAGCUGAAGAGGGAACCAGUAGGGGGAGAGGAGCUGAGCGGAGGGAAAGUGAGCUGGAGGGAUGGCUCAGAGACACUUCCAGCGAAAACAGUGGGGAGGUUUCAGGACCUCCUGUAGGGACACCCACUCCUCGCCGGAAACUGACACGCAGAGAGUCCAGAAGACGUGUUUCCGUUAAGGAGCUUUUAUGUUGGAAGCGAUUCCGAAAGCAACCACUGUCGGAAUCUGCUAGUGACUAGAGGAGCCAUGUCUGAGGGGCUCCGUCACAGACAGAGGUUUGUGGACUUGAACAAACUCUGAGGGGAUACGAUUUUACGCACAAGCAGCUCAUCAUCCCAUCACAACACCUCCCAUAACCCACCAGAGAAGGAAAUCAGAAAAUUUCUAGCAGGACUGACCAUGCCUACCCUAACUGAUGAGGAACAGGAAUUCAUGGACAGCCCUAUCACCCCAGAGGAAAUAGAUGCGGUCCUCAAAAACCUGAAACCACACAAAGCCCCAGGCCCAGACGGCUUCACAGCAGAAUUCUAUAGGAAAUUCAAAGAACCCUUGAUGCAAAAACAACAUUGUUGUUUUUGUUUCAAACAUUGCAAAUUGUGGACAAAAUGGACUGCUUCAAGAAGUGGCAGAGAGACAUUUCUAGAUUUGUCUGGCAGGGCAAGAAGCCCAGAAUAAAAUUUAAGAUAUUAACUGAUGUAAAGGAAAGGGGUGGAUUUGCCCUGCCAGACUUUAAACUUUACUAUGAAUCAGCAACUUUCUGCUGGUUGAAAGAAUGGCUGCUUCUUGAAAAUACAGAUGUUUUGGAUUUAGAAGGUUUUAACAAUGUAUUUGGAUGGCAUGCAUAUCUGUGGUAUGAUAAGGUCAAAGCACAUAAAGCAUUUAAGAAUCAUAUCAUCAGGAAAGCAUUGUUUAAUGUCUGGAUAAGAUAUAAGGAUUUAUUGGAAAACAAAACCCCAAGGUGGUUGUCACCGAUGGAAGCAAAAGCACAGAAAAAGCUCAAUAUGGAGGCCAAGUGGCCGAAAUAUUGGGAAAUUCUGGAACAAGAGGGAGAUAGACUGGAAUUGCAGAGUUUUGAGAAACUAAAAAAUAAAGUGCGAGAUUGGCUUCAUUAUUAUCAGAUAAUGGAGGCAUAUAAAUCGGACAAGAAAAUUGGUUUCCAGGUGGAAAAAUCAAAAUUAGAAACAGAACUGUUAGUACCCAAAACUAAGAUUUUGUCAAACAUGUAUAACUUGCUGUUGAAAUGGAAUACUCAGGAUGAAACGGUGAAAUCUGCUAUGAUUAAAUGGGCACAAGAUGUUGGACAUAACAUAAUGAUGGCUGACUGGGAACAGUUAUGGACCACAGGUAUGAAGUUUACGGCAUGCAAUGCCUUAAGAGAGAAUAUUAUGAAAAUGGUAUACAGGUGGUAUAUGACCCCAGUCAAGCUUGCAAAAAUCUAUCAUUCGCCCAAUAAUAAAUGUUGGAAAUGUAAAGAAACUGAAGGUACAUUCUUUCACCUUUGGUGGACGUGCCCAAGGAUUAAGGCUUUCUGGGAGAUGAUCUAUAAUGAAUUGAAAAAGGUAUUUAAAUAUACCUUCUUGAAGAAACCAGAGGCCUUUCUCCUGGGCAUAGUCGGCCAAUUGGUGCCAAAGAAGGAUAGAACCUUUUAUGUAUGCCACAACAGCAGCAAGAAUACUCAUUGCAAAGUAUUGGAAGACACAAGAUCUACCCACUCUGGAAGAAUGGCAGAUGAAGGUGAUGGACUAUAUGGAACUGGCGGAAAUGACUGGCAGAAUCCGAGACCAGGGAGAAGAGUCGGUGGAAGAAGAUUGGAAGAAAUUUAAAGACUAUUUACAGAAAUAUUGUAAAAUUAAUGAAUGUUAGAAUGAUGUUGGAUAGAAAUUAAGUGGUUUUCAGCUGUAAUACUAUAAGGGAAUAUGAAAAAUGGAUUAUUAAUAGGUAAAAAUUUAACGUUACAUUAUUUUAAGAUUAAAGACUAGGAUAAACAAAGAGGGCAAGGAUUUGCUGAACCAACAAACUGAACUGGAAUACAAAAAAGGGAGGCGUGAGGAGGUCCGGGAAACAAGCUAAUGAAAAAUAAGUAAUGGAAAGAUUGAGAUGUUUUUAACCAUUUUUAUUUUGUAUUUUCUUCUUUUUUUAUUUUUUUUGUAAUAUUUUGAAAAUCUUAAUAAAUAUCUUAUAAAAAACAAAAAACCAAGGACCCUUGAUGCCCUACAUGACCCGCCUAUUCAACGACAUCAUAAAAGGGGGGCCCAUCCCCCAAACCUGGACCCACUCCAAAAUAGUCUCCAUCCCAAAACCACUAAAAGACAGCCUCAAAGUAGAAUCAUACCACCCAAUCUCAUUAAUAAACCAAGACUACAAGAUAUUCACACCAAUCUUGGCCAACCGCCUAAAAAUCUUCCUACACAAGUUAAUAGCCCCAGACCAGACUGGCUUUGUUUCUGGCCGCAAUAUAACAGACCCCACCUGAAACUACUGAACCCGAUCGAACACAGCAAGGCAACUAAACUCCCAUUGACAAUUAUGUCCCUAGACAUCCUCAAAGCCUUUGAUUGCUUAGAGUGGAAAUACAUAUUAGCAGUACUAACUAACAUGAAAUUUGGCCCCAACUUCCUACAAAUCCUCAAACAAAUAUACUCCCAAACCUCAGCAAAAUGCAGAACUAACAAUACGGAUUCUAAUACUAUAGCUAUCCAAAGAGGCAUGAAACAAGGAUGCCCACUGUCUCCCUUCUUAUUUAUCCUGCCUCUGGAACCCUUAGCAAUCCGAAUCCGAGCAGCCACAGACAUCAAGGGAGUGGAAAUAAAAGGCAGAACCUAUAAAUUAGGGCUCUUUGCAGACGACCUAAUGGUCACAACACCAGACCCCAUAAGCACAGCAACCUCCCUAAUCAGAGAACUCAACACAUUUGCAAUGGUGUCGGGCCUACAGGUAAAUUUUACAAAGUCAGAAGUUAGAAGCUUCAACACCCCUCCUCACAGGUCACCAAAAUAAAACUUUGCCACAGCAAGUUCAGAUACCUAGGGGUACAAAUAACCAGAAACCUCAAUAAAUUGUACCUCCACAACUACAAGCCCCUGUGGCAACAAAUUAACAAAGAACUAAAGAGAUGGAACAACAUGAAUUUCACUCUCUCAGACAAAAUAGCCAUGAUCAAAAUGAUCACCCUCCCAAAACUAACCUACCUAUUCCAAACCCUCCCAAUCUGGAUCCCCCCAACCCAACUCCGCAGUUGGCAGAGAAAACUACACUCUUUUAUCUUCUCACAUAAUAAACCAAGGAUAAGCCCCAAAUACCUGCACCUCCCCACCUCAGAAGGAGGAUGGGGAAUCCCCAGCACAGAAGCAUAUUACAUUGCCAACCAAAGACACCAUAUAAACCCAUAUAUACUCAAAGGUGAGACAAAACAAUGGGUACACGUAGAGAGGGGCACAAUUGAGAAUACCUGCACCACAGCAUACCCACUCCUCCCAAACAAACUAAAGAAAAUUCCCACAACACUUAACAGGUUCACACAGACCAUGCUCAAAGCAUGGAAAACAGAAAUAGGCAAACUAUCCCCAACCCCAUCCCCACUAAUGCCCCUGGCGUACCACCCAUUAUUCCACCAUGCAGCACAAAACCUCCAGAUAAAAACCUGGCAAACCAAAGGCUUAUAUCGCCUAAUAGACUUUUAUAAAAAUAACAAAACUCUGUCAACACAAGAAAUACAAGAUAAACUAGAAGACACCAAAUGCCCUAGUUAACACAACACCAACUACAUGCCCUCUUAAACAACCCAACAGUAAAAUCAGCAGCAACUAGGCCCCUGACAACCUUCGAAAACCUCCUCCUAACAACAAAGGGAAACGGUAAAGGGAUGGUAUCCGCAAUAUACAAAAUACUACUCCAAAAUCACACAAACCCCCUAGACGCAAUCAAAAAACAAUGGGAGAAUGACAUAGGCUAUGAGAUUAACCCCACUCAAUGGACCAGAAUGUGGUCUAACUCCCCCUUUAAAUCUGUAUCAACAAAAAAGAAAAGAACUCACACUGAAACUCACCUACAGGUGGUACCUAACACCAAGAAAACUAGCGCUAAUACGCCCAGGAACCUCACCAAAAUGCUGGAGAGGGUGCACCUCCACAGGCACAUACCUCCACAUGUGGUGGGAGUGCCCCAAAAUCCAACUAUUCUGGACAACAGCCAUACAAGAAAUAUGUUUCAAUGUCUGUACACUAAUGCGCAAAGCAUGGGAAAUAAACAAGAUGAGCUUGAGCUCUUGGUACAGCAAACUAAAUAUGACAUAAUAGGCAUCACUGAAACCUGGUGGGAUAAGUCCCACGAUUGGAAUGUAAUAAUGGAGGGAUACAAUCUAUUUCAGAGAAACAGACCAGACAAGAAAGGAGGAGGAGUGGCGUUAUAUGUCAGGGAUGUGUAUACCUGUGAAGAGAUCCAAGAUUUAGAACCUCAAAGCCAAAGUGAGAGCAUUUGGGUCAAAAUUAAGGGAGAGAAGAAUAACAGAGACCUCAUUGUGGGAGUUUACUAUAGAUCCCCAAGCCAAACGGAGGACAUAGAUGAUGCCUUCCUGGAACAGUUGGCCAAGCAUGCAAAAGGAAGGGAGAUAGUAGUAAUGGGGGACUUCAAUUACCUGGAUAUUUGUUGGAUGUCAAACUCAGCCAAGAGCAUAAUGUCAAACAGAUUCCUCACUGGCCUUGCAGACAACUUCAUUGUCCAGAAAGUGGGAGAAGCAACAAGAGGAACAGCCAUUUUAGAUCUGGUCCUAACCAAUGUUGAUGACCUGGUUAGUGGGGUAGAAGUGGAAGGAUCAUUAGGCACGAGUGAUCAUGCUCUUCUGAAGUUUACUAUACAGCGGAAAGGAGCAGCCAAGCAUACUAGGACUCAAUUUCUUGACUUUAAGAAAGCCGACUUCAUAAAACUUAGGGAAGUGCUGGGUGAGAUCCCAUGGGCAGUAAUACUAAAAGGAAAGGGAGUUCAUGAUGGCUGGGAGUUUGUUAAGAGGGAGAUAGUAAAAGCACAACUUCAGGCAAUACCAAUGAGACGGAAACAUGGAAGGUGCCUAAAGAAGCCAGGGUGGCUAUCUAAAGAACUUUUAACUGAGUUAAGAUUAAAAAAGGAUGUGUACAAAAAUGGAAAAGGGGGGAAACCACCAAAGAGGAAUUCAAACAAAUAGCCAGCACAUGUAGAUACAAAGUCAGAAAAGCUAAAGCACAGAAUGAACUCAGGCUUGCUAGAGAGGUUAAAACCAACAAAAAGGCUUUUAUGGGUAUGUCCGUAGCAAAAGGAAGAACAAAGAAACAGUGGGGUCACUCAGACGAGAAGAUGGUGAAAUGCAAACAGGGGACACAGAAAGGGCUGAACUCCUCAAUGCCUUCUUUGCCUCAGUCUUCUCUGAUAAAGAAAACAAUGUCCGACCUGAAGAAUUUGGAGCAAAUGAUUCAGCAGAGGAAACACAGCCCAGAAUAACUAAGGAGAUAGUACAAGAAUACUUGGCUAGUUUAGAUGUAUUCAAGUCUCCAGGGCCAGACAAACUGCAUCCAAGAGUAUUAAAAGAGCUGGCAGAUGUGAUCUCAGAACCACUGGCAGUCAUCUUUGAGAAUUCCUGGAGAACAGGCGAAGUUCCGGCAGACUAGAGGAGGGCAAAUGUUGUCUCUAUUUUCAAAAAGGGGGAAAGAGAGGACCCAAAUAAUUAUCGCCCAGUCAGUCUGACAUCAAUACCAGGGAAGAUUCUGGAGCAGAUCUUUAAGCAAACAGACUGUGAGCACCUAGAAAGGAAUGCUGUGAUCACCAAUAGUCAGCAUGGAUUUCUGAAAAAUAAGUCAUGUCAGACUAACCUGAUCUCAUUUUUUGACAGAAUUACAAGCCUGGUAGAUGAAGGGAACGCAGUGGAUGUAGCCUACCUUGAUUUCAGCAAGGCAUUCGACAAGGUGCCCCAUGAUAUUCUUGUAAAGAAGCUGGUAAAAUGCGGUCUUGACUAUGCUACCACUCAGUGGAUUUGUAACUGGCUGACUGACCGAACCCAAAGGGUGCCCAUCAAUGGUUCCUCUUCAUCCUGGAGAAGAGUGACUAGUGGGGUGCCACAGGGUUCUGUCUUGGGCCCGGUCUUAUUCAACAUCUUUAUCAGCGACUUGGAUGAUGGACUCAAGGGCAUCCUGAUCAAAUUUGCAGAUGACACCAAACUGGGAAGGGUGGCUAACACCCCAGAGGACAGGAUCACACUUCAAAACGACCUUGACAGAUUAGAGAACUGGGCCAAAACAAACAAGAUGAAUUUUAACAGGGAGAAAUGUAAAGUAUUGCACUUGGGCAAAAAAAUGAGAGGCACAAAUACAAGAUGGGUGACACCUGGCUUGAGAGCAGUACAUGUGAAAAGGAUCUAGGAGUCUUGGUUGACCACAAACUUGACAUGAGCCAACAGUGUGACGCGGCAGCUAAAAAGCCAAUGCAAUUCUGGGCUGCAUCAAUAGCAGUAUAGCAUCUAGAUCAAGGGAAGUAAUAGUGCCACUGUAUUCUGCUCUGGUCAGACCUCACCUGGAGUACUGUGUCCAGUUCUGGGCACCACAGUUCAAGAAGGACACUGACAAACUGGAACGUGUCCAGAGGAGGGCAACCAAAAUGGUCAAAGGUCUGGAAACGAUGCCUUAUGAGGAACGGCUAAGGGAGCUGGGCAUGUUUAGCCUGGAGAAGAGGAGGUUAAGGGGUGACAUGAUAGCCAUGUUCAAAUAUAUAAAAGUAUGUCAUAUGGAGGAGGGAGAAAGGUUGUUUUCUGCUGCUCCAGAGAAGCGGACACGGAGCAAUGGAUCCAAACUACAAGAAAGAAGAUUCCACCUAAACAUUAGGAAGAACCUCCUGACAGUAAGAGCUGUUCGACAGUGGAAUUUGCUGCCAAGGAGUGUGGUGGAGUCUCCUUCUUUGGAGGUCUUUAAGCAGAGGCUUGACAACCAUAUGUCAGGAGUGCUCUGAUUGUGUUUCCUGCUUGGCAGGGGGUUGGACUCGAUGGCCCUUUUGGUCUAUUCCAACUCUAUGAUUCUAUGAUUCUAUGUAAAAUAACAAAGCAAGUAUUAGACACCACCCCAGAAUUGAACCUACUAAACAUCUUCCAAGACAACAAUGCCCAUUUACACCACAAAGAACUCAUAACCCACCUACUUUCAGCAGCCAGAAACACCAUAACCAGACACUGGAGAGACCUGUAAGGAGUAAGCAUGGACCAAUGGUACCAAAUAGUAUGGCAAACAGCCUUACUAGAAAAAUUAACCAAUAAACUGAAACUGACACGGGGACAAACAGAAGAAGACGCCUUUAUCCCGGUAUGCCUCCCCUUUAUCACAUACACAGCCCUACAAGACAAUGACAAUAACCCACCAAAAGCAUACAAAUCAAUAUGGCUAACCUGAUCCAAAACACCCACCCACCCCACUCACACACCAAAACAAAGAUCACCACAGCCAAUCACAAACAACCACACCAUAGGCCAACCCCAACCUCUCUCACCACCAAAGAAACACAAAUGAACAGCAGAGAACCGGCACCAGCAACGCUGACACGAAACCCUACAUACAUUAAGCAAAAUAGAAACAUCGCCACACGACCCCACCCCCACCCAUCUUUCACCCCUCCACCCCCUCCACCCCACUAAUAUCUCAACAAAUGAAACUGAUUUGUAAAAAUGUUACAUGGAAAAAAUACAAGAGACAUUACACAUACUUCUGUAAAACAAGAAAAUCUUUAAUUAAAAAAAAAGAAGUUGCACACCAAAAAAAAUAAAAAUAAAGAAGAUCAGGGAAGAAGAUUAUAUAUUUUGUGUUCUCAUGUUGUACUUUUAUGUUCUGAACUGCCUGUGAUCUGCUAAUGAAGGGUGGUAUACAAAUUACAUAAUAACAAUUAAAUAAUCCCAAUUACACUCAAAUUUCUGGAAGGAUUUUCUGAGAACCUCACAGAAUAGCCUCUUCUUGGAUUGUCUGGGUGGAGCUACUGAUGGGAAACAUAUCUCACCGUAGUCUCCCAGGAUGCUAUAUAAGCAGGCCUGGUGGCCCACAUGCCAUUCACACUGAAUCCUAAAAUGUGGGCCAAGAUCUUCUUACCAUUUGUGGGACUCCUUUGCGGGGCCAGCCUGCCACUGACUUCUUCCCAGGCUGAUACAGGUGAGUUUGCUUCUCUUUCCAUCCUCUAUGCAGCCUUCUCAUGCAUCUACCUGAAAUCUGAGCAUCUGGAACCACCCUUAGAAACAGAGCAAUAACAACCCUUGGAUUCUCUUCCUCCAACUUUUCUGCUUAUUAGCCAGCAGUAAACGGGAUAGUCAUUCCAAAGGGACAGAUCCCAUGGUUCCAAAACAAAUACCCUUUUAUUAACAUUUGUAAGUGCCUGUUUCUGUGCGCUGAGAUCUUUGUAGGUUUAGGGGACAGCAGAGACAUUCUUCUGAUAGGGGCAAAGAAGGCAGGGCUCUCACAAACUAUGUAGCUGAAAUUAUUUAGCUGAGAUUCCUGCAUUACAGGGGGAGGUUAUAUCAGGGAGGCUCUAUCUAUACAGGGAACGCAGCUAUCAUCAAGCCUUGAUUGAAGAAUGUUACAGUCCUAUCUGGGAUCAAUGGGGUGACAGAGUGACAGAUGUCUCAGUCGGAUCACCCUCACAUCUGUCUUCAGACGUCUCCUGGGGCUCCCAAGUUCAAUUAUGUAUGAGACAAGGUGUGCAGAACUAGGUAUACACACGGUGGAAUAUUGGGUGUGGGCUAGCACUAUAAAAUACUGGUUGCAUUUCCAUUUUGUUGCCAACAUUUGAGUCUACUCUCUGACCUACUUACGGACUCUGAUAAAUCCAGGAGUUCCAACUCUUACAUAGGAAAAUCAGAUCUAUUGGUAUUGACUUGGAACCCUCAUAUAAUUCGAGUGAGCAAUAUUUAUUGCAAUAGUCAAACCAGAUUAAGGUACAUUGGGGGGGAAAACAACAAGUCAGGUGUAAAAAAAAAUUUGCUCCCCCGAGAUAACAGGGUCACAUAUCUCAAAAAUAAUAAAUUCUGUCCAACUCGGGACCUUUAUCUUAGCCCGACUGAAUGUUUUCCCUUCAGCUUUUGUCAAGGGCAGAUUUUUAAAUAUCCCCAGAAAUGAUAGACAUUGUGGAUGUUCUUUGAAUGUGACGGACACUGUAGAACAUAUCCUUUUCUAAUGUCCAUUUUACAACCUGCCACGCAAGCGCAUGCUACCCCCCCCCUUUUUGGGCACAAUGAAAAUAUCUGAUUAACCUGGAAUUAACUGCAUGGGGGGGCUGAGGUUUUGUUAAUAGUAUCUCUUGGAGUGCUAAAUGGCACUAUUUAGCGGGAAGAAAUCCCAGUGAAAUUCCUCAUCAUUAUAUAUUCUACAUGGCUGCUUAUUUGUAUAUAUUUUAAAUGUUUUAGAAUGCCCUAUAUUUGUAAUGCCUAGAAAGGUUUUGAUGAAGUAAGUAAGUAAGCAUUACAGGGGGUUGGACUAGAUGAGCAUUGGUGUCCCUUCCAAUUCUAGAAUUCUAUGAUUCCAUGAAAAGAGAAUAUGCAUGGGAAAGAGGGUCGGAGAGAAGGAAAAUCACAGGGGUGUAGAGAAGAACAGAUGGCAGACAAAAGCAAGACUGGAAGGAGUGAGAUGAAAAGCAGAGGUUUUAACCUACGGCAUUUAUUCAUUUGCUGAUUUUUAAAUCAUUUCUUAGCUGCUUAAAUCUUAAACAGUGCACUAAGUAACAUAAAAACUGUAAAGCAAUAUCAGAAAAACCAUAAAAACAGUAAUAUAAAGUCAUUAAAAAACCAGGAAUUUCAUCUGUCUGUCUGUCUGUCUGUCUAUCUAUUUUGUUCCCUUAGGUGUAAUAUUGAUGUGCACUGCCUCUGGCUCUGUUCCCGAAGGCAUGAUGAUUACGUGGCAGGCAGGUGGCCAAUCAGGUAACACCACCGACACCCGAAGUGCACGCACUGGUAGCACAGCAUAUCUCAGCAUUGCAGAAGUAGCCAUUGCAGCGGUGAACGACUUCAUCUGUCGAGUAACCUUUGAAGCGUUCCAAACAAAUGUCAAUGAACCUGAAGGUAAAAACUCUUGACACAGUUGGGACUUAGUUUUCCUUUGAAAAGCAUGGUUUGGGAGCAGGAUGAUUGUUUCCAGAUUGCUUAAGAUCCUCUCAGGGACUGACCAUUUCAAGACUGCUUCCUCCUUAAUUCAGAAAUUUAUUUCUGCUUUCCAUUAUGGCCUGUUGAGAUAAGACUUUCCCCACCAGUUGCCAUGAUAUCAGUGCUAGUAUUGGCUAAAGACACAACUUGAAACUGCAAUCAGUCCGGUCGAGGUCUGAAUAGCAAUUCUCCUCUUAUCUCUGCAGAAAGGUUUUCACCGUUCUUGAACAAUACUAAAUGCAUGUUUUUAUCAGAAGGUAACAAUGGGAGAAGGAAAGGAAAGAAUGUGUACCCUGCAGGGGUCAAGGUGUCUCCCACAAUAAUUUCCACCCCCGUUAAAAACCAUUCCUACCUCCAGCCAAGGAUCCUUCUAAGCUUCAUCUACGUGUUGAUCAUGUUUACCCAGCAUAGGGUGACCUAGAUGAACAGAUGGUGCCCUUCUAUUGGAGGCAGAUUUUUAUAUUCUUGCCCUGGUGGCCAAGUCCACACAUUUAAGGAGCUCCAUACCUAGUUAGCUGCUCCAGGAGCAACUGUGCAGAGAUGGUAUCAUUGGAUAUGGGAAGUUUUUAGCUAUCCUUGGUUUUCAAACCCAGCCUAUACACCAAUACCUUCUCUGGGAAGGCUGGGGUGCUUUUUGUGCUGGGCGCUUUCUUUAUACAUGUUGGGGAAAGGAGCUGUGUAAAUAUUCCUGGAAUCUCCACUGUCCCACCGUGUCCUCAUCUAGCUCAAGGAAGCCCCAUGCAUGUGCCACAGAUCUUCCUUCUCAGGUCCACACACACAAGAACUUCAGUUAAAUCCCCUUUGCUCCUUAAAGCUUUCAUUAAGGAUUUACACCCUCUAUCUACAGAUUAAAAAUGUUUGUCAGAGAAUCCAGCAGAAAAUAAUCAACACUAAAUGGUGUCAUAAAUGUUUUCCAUCAAGUAUGUCUAAAAUUAAUAGCUGUUGCCUCUCUCUUUCUCUCAUACUUUCCCCACACCAAAACUUAAAAGACAAAGGGAACGGUCUCCAUGAGAACCUCUAUCGCGCCAACCAUAAAGAAAGCAGCCUUCAGCGAGCACAGACAAUCCUCACCAGCAUGGUCAUAGGGCUCAAUGCAAGUGAAGUUUCUGUCCAGUGGGUGAAGAAUGCCCUCCUUGAAGGUCGCCAUGUGAAUCCCCGAGUCUUGAAGGGCAGCAUCAAGGAUUCCCUCUUGGCCCUCAGCCAGGUGGUAGUCCCCUACUCUGACUGGAACAACGGCACUUCAUACUCCUGUACGUUUACCCGCACAGCAGGCACCGUGGAGCCCACCCAGAGGCCUGAGGAGAAAUCCCAGGGUGAAAAGUGA